CCCUUUUCGACCUUUUAAAUGAAUACCUCUGACUUUAAGGAGGGCUCUAUUCUGAUACUUACGGCUACACUAGUUUUGCAUUGCCUGAAGUUCAGUGCGGGUUGCAGGUCUAGUUAGUCUAUGUGAGGGGUGUGUGUAAGAGUUAGGCAGGCAGCCAGACAAUAGAGGGGCAGAAGAGAUGUGAUCCCUACUGCACUGCUGGCUACACAUUCUAAGUUGGGGUACAGAAAUGGGGGGCAAAGCUAGUAGACUGUGUUGCCUGCAAGCCAGGAAUAAGGUAAGCUAAUUUUUUUUGUUGAGGCUUCCGCUUCCUUUUUGUCUUAUCAGAAAGAGGGCACUAACCGCUUCUUAACCCAUGAUAAAUAUAUCUGUUUUGGCAACGUAUGAGUUAAAGGCUAUCCCGUUCAAAAAAUAAAAUAACCGCAGAGAUAAAUAAAUCUGUGGUUAUCAGUAGCUGUGUGCAUUGGGAAAGAAGGGUGGGUCAAGUCAUAACUUCUAACACGUUAUGCCGAAAGCAAUACCUAAUAUAUAUAUAUAUAUAUAUAUAUUACCAGUGUAUUAUGACAUGGUUAUUUGUGUAAUUUGUUCUUACAAUCUAGAUGACUGUAUCAGAUCAUGGUACAGCGGUUAGUAUUGCUUUAAUUAGAUCUAUUUUUGUUUCUUCCACCCACUGAAUGACCUAUGACCUUGCUAAAUUAUAUAAAUUAUAUUGGUGUAUAUUUAAACUCUGCACAGAUACAUCGUUUCUUAUGGGGUAGUUAGAAAACAUACUUGUUCUUCCUGGACAUUAAAAAAAAAAUAAAUCUAUUUUAAGGAAUGGAUUAUUAGAAAUAUUGCAAUUAAUUCUAAUUAUAAUGCAGCUUGCAACAUACAUUGCAUUAUUGGCUUUUAAAGUUGAAAUAUGGUUGCCACCAUAGACUACUUGCUCAUAGACUGACAGUUGUCAAAGGGAUUUUGCCAUCCCCAGCUCUUAUAAAACUACAGAUCUGUUAAUUUUAUAUUUCGUUAUUUUUAUUUGACGAAAGGUCAAAGCUAGCAAUAUUUUUACUAUUUCCCAACUCUGUGUCUUUCUCUGGGGUUUAAAUGAACUUUCACCAUCGGGUAAUACAAACAAAGCUAUUUGGAAUGGAGUAUAAAACUCAACAAGUUAUUGCUAGAUUUUGUUGCCAUUCUGAAACAGUUGUGUCAUUGGAACCCAGCAUGUAACUUGGAGCAUCUCCUAUCUGUCUGCUGAUAGGCAGAAAUGUGCAUAGAGGCUCUGUUAAUCUUCAGUUAUUGCAGAGCUGGUCAGAAGUGCUUUUCUUGCAACUUUUGAGGUUAAAAGAUCUGUAACUGGUUUAACCCCUUAAGGGCCAAACUUCUGGAAUAAAAGGGAAUCAUGACAUGUCAUGUGUCCUUAAGGGGGUUAACCUCCUAGGGUAAGACAGCGCCCAGGCACCAUAACAACUUCAUUAAGAUGUUCAUUUAAUUAAUUUUUUUUUUUAUCCCCUGUGCUUUUUUGAGAUCUGAGAAAAUGAAAUGUUGAAAUCCAAACCACUGCAUUUAACUCUGAGGGCCUCCAUCUUGUGUACCCUUUCAAUUAAGUUCUGCCCAUUUUUGACAGUCUUUGCACCUGUCAGCAUAUAUAGAGUAGGAGAAGCUGAAACAAAGUUUGCAUUUCUACUCCUCUAAGUUAAUGUGUGCCACGAACUGAACUGUAUUAUGAGGUCUAUCGCUGAAUUUAACAUCCAUUUAAAAUGAGACUUGUGUGAACAAAAUAGUUACCACAAGUUAUAGUAAUAGUGUGUUUUCUGUGGAGUAAUUUCCAGGGAACUAAUGGUUCACUUACAGUCUCACUCACAUGACAUUAGGGGGAAGAAACCUGCCAGUUUGACAUUGCUAUUUUAUGAAUACUUAAAUAAUAUAUUUCUAAUGCCUCCCUUUAAGGAACACUAUAGUGUUAGGAAUACAAAGCUGUAUUCCUAACACCAUAGUGUUCCUCUGCCACGCCUCCUGCUGUGGCAAUGAAAGGGUUAAAAAUUAAUUAAUAAUGUACCUGACUUUAGCAUAGAGCUCACUUGGUGCUGGUUCCAUGUUCACCCCCCUCCGACGUCGUCGCGUGGGGGGAACCUAAUGCUUUACGCCUUCCCUAUAGGAAUGUACAGAAUCAAUUAUUUCCUAUUGAGGUUUCAAGACGCUGAACUUCCGUAUGCAAAGCGUGAGUUUGUCCAGCGUCAAUUAGGUGAUGAAAGGUUGGUUAGCCACCAGGAUGUGCCUCUAGUGGCAGUCUGAUUUGCAGCCACUACAGGCACUUUUAGUCCUGCAAUAUAAUUUUUGCAGUUUCUCUGAAAUUACAAUUCCUUACAUUGCAUGACUAAGUGGGACUGGGACACUGCACACAGGCCACUUCAAUGAAAUAUAUAUUUAGAUCAAUAUAUAGUUGAUGCAUAUAGUUGAUCCUCUUUAUAAGGGCAUCCAAUCCUCUCCCACUUUACCGUGGUUGGUCUGGCGAGUUGAACUUACCUGUAUCCUCGUGGUCCGGCCUCCUGGCUUGCUGACCGUUUUUUUUUUCACGUUUGACGACCGCUGGACUUCACCUCCCACGUGGUCUACCUGUGCCUUCCCAGAGGUCCUGCUGCUGCUGGGCACCUGUCUGUUCCACGAGGUCUGAUCGCUACACAGUAAGUUUGCCUGAUGGGUGCUUCUCUGCUCGCUGUCUGGACCAGGGGCUCGGGUACCUUCCGGCUCACCAGGUUUCUCCAGCACCCCGGCUGCGCCUGUCGCUAGCUGCUGAGAGUCCCCACUCAUCGUCGGUAAUUACCCAUCAAGCUGGGACCAAUAAUGUCAUACUGCUGGCACGUCUGCUGCUCCCUGGGUCCAUAACCUGCCAUGACUGACCUCUGGCAUCCCUUCUGGGGUUUCUAAUACUCACGUGAUGCUCAGCCAGCUGGUAUGUAGUCUACCUCUCUCAUGGUACUUGGCCUGCUGGUAUGGUGUAAGCCUCUCUCAUGGUGCUCAGGCUGCUGGUAUGGUGUAUGCCUCUCUCAUGGUGCUCAGGCUGCUGGUAUGGUGUAUGCCUCUAUCAUGGUGCUCAGGCUGCUGGUAUGGUGUAUGCCUCGUUCAUGGUGCUAAGGCUGCUGGUAUGGUGUAUGCCUCUAUCAUGGUGCUCAGGCUGCUGGUAUGGUGUAUGCCUCGUUCAUGGUGCUCAGGCUGCUGGUAUGGUGUAUGCCUCGUUCAUGGUGCUCAGGCUGCUGGUAUGGUGUAUGCCUCGUUCAUGGUGCUCAGGCUGCUGGUAUGGUGUAUGCCUCGUUCAUGGUGCUCAGGCUGCUGGUAUGGUGUAUGCCUCGUUCAUGGUGCUCAGGCUGCUGGUAUGGUGUAUGCCUCGUUCAUGGUGCUCAGGCUGCUGGUAUGGUGUAUGCCUCGUUCAUGGUGCUCAGGCUGCUGGUAUGGUGUAUGCCUCUCUCAUGGUACUUGGCCUGCUGGUAUGGUGUAUGCCUCUCUCAUGGUGCUCAGGCUGCUGGUAUGGUAUAUGCCUCUCUCAUGGUGCUCAGGCUGCUGGUAUGGUGUAUGCCUCAUUCAUGGUGCUUAGCCAGCUGGUAUGGGGUCUGCCGCUCUCAUGGUGCUUAGCCAACUGGUUUGGGGUCUGCCGCUCUCAUGGUGCUCGGCCAGCUUAUUUGGGGUCUGCCGCUAGCAUGGAGCUCGGCCAGCUGGUUUGGGGUCUGCCACUCGCAUGGAACUCGGCCAGCUGGUUUGGGGUCUGCCACUCGCAUGGAGCUCGGCCAGCUGGUUUGGGGUCUGCCACUCGCAUGGAGCUCGGCCAGCUGGUUUGGGGUCUGCCACUCGCAUGGAGCUCGGCCAGCUGGUUUGGGGUCUGCCACUCGCAUGGAGCUCGGCCAGCUGGUUUGGGGUCUGCCACUUGCAUGGAGCUCGGCCAGCUGGUUUGGGGUCUGCCACUCGCAUGGAGCUCGGCCAGCUGGUUUGGGGUCUGCCACUCGCAUGGAGCUCGGCCAGCUGGUUUGGGGUCUGCCACUCGCAUGGAGCUCGGCCAGCUGGUUUGGGGUCUGCCACUCGCAUGGAGCUCAGUCAGCUGGUUUGGGGUCUGCCACUCACAUGGUGCUUAGCCACCUGGUAUGGGGUCUGCCACUCGCAUGGAGAUUAGCAUAGAGCGGGGGUAGGCAACCUUUUAGCAGCACUGUGCCGAAACAUGAUUGUGAUGUCCCGUAGCAUGUCGGUCCUAUUUCUUUAAAUUGAGGUGUGCAUGUUGCCAUAUUCUGCUUGUGUUAUUUAUACUGGAUUUGCUUUGUAUCGUUGUAUUUGUGCGUAUAUGAGCUAUUAUAUUGUAUAUGUUCAUUAAUAGUUUGUGGUAUCAUGUAUAAUACGUAUGAAUUUGGGCUGUGUAUGGGGGCUGCUUGUGGAAUUGUGUGUGGAUGGAUAUGUCACAUUGUGUAUUUGGUAGUGUGUGUAUGUUUUGGGGCUGUUUGGGGUAUUGCAUGUGAGAGGCUGCAUGUGGGGUUGUGUGCAUUUAUUUGGAUUGUUGGUGGUGGUGUGAUUGUGCAGACUGUGUGUGUGUUUGUAUAAUUUGUAUGAGGGGAGGGUUAUUCUGUAGCUCUGAGGCUUCCCUGGGUUUUCGUGGGGUCCAGGUUGGCCAGGUACAGCUCAAGGACAGAAGCUGCAACAGGAAGCUGUGGGCUGCUCUACUCCAGUGUGGAUUUCCAUUCACAAGUGCUGGGAGGAAGUGAUCUGAGAUCACUUUCUCUAGGUGCUGCAAUGCAUAAAUGGAGGAUUGUCCUUCACCACCUUUUCAUAUUAGCAGAUUUCUGACGUUUCACUGAGACUCCUGACAGGCCAGAGCCUGUUUGGCUCUUGUAGCCCUGAGUGCCGUGCAAAGGCACCUCGAGUGCCGUGCAUGGCACUAGUGCCGUAGGUUGCCUACCCCUGGCAUAGAGUAUGUGUUUUCUUAUAGCGGCAUCCUUUGAGUUUCCCUCCAACACCAUCUCCAUCAGAUACAUGACGCUUGAGAGGUGUGACUGUUUGUGUUUUUGGUCUAUAAGAUUCUGUAACUAGGCCCCAUCAUAAUUAUCAGCAUCAGGCCCACUGGAAUCUUAAUCUGGCCCUGUAUGUCACUUACUAUACUAAUAGCUGGUUGUCAUCGUAGUGUGGGUAUGUGUGACUCAUCUACGUGUAUUUUGCUAUUUCUAGUGACUCUCCGUAUGGUGUAAUUGACCUAAUUCUGCGUAACCGGUCCACGCUGUCGCAUACAUUUUCAGUCACCAUUCCAAAUGGGUCCACAAUAUGGCCCUCGCAGAGGCAUACGUUCUCAGACUCCAGUCUAAUUGGGUCCAAGACCUGGCCGCACAGAGGCAUACGUUCUCGGACUCCAUUCUACAUGGGUUUACGAUCUGGCUGGGUCCACGAUCUGGCCCACACUAAGGUCCUCUAUUAGCAGAUAAUACUGGUUGUUAAGGAUCUAGGUGCCCACUAUGGUAGGUUUCUGGCCUCUAUGCCAUAGUCUAGUGGUCCCGCGAGGCCAACACCCAUCCUCAUACUCGGAGGUACCCUCAUAGUUGGAGGACGACGCCAUCGGCCCAACGCAGUUAUUCGCCUUGAAUUGUUGCAUAGGCAGAGCCUCACCUGUCACUCCUAUUCUAUCUUUGCUUUAGUAGUCACCGAGAGGCCAUCACCCCGCCACCCGCUUUUCAGUGGACUCUACCUCCCCUCGGGCCAACGCAUAGAGCCUCUCAUGCUGCUUGGCAACUAGCAGGGCCUCACCUGUCACCCUCAUUAGUUGAAUUCUUCGCCACUUGGCAAUAACUAGCCUGCCGGUACGUUAUAUGGAUCAAACUAAUGGUGGCUUUGUAUGUCUUGAGUUCCCAAGUUACUAAGGUACUGUUUCUACCCAACACCUCAUCCACUUGUACAUUAUAUAUACCAGAACCGGUUAGGGAUUGGUCAGGCAUUCGUGACUUAUCCAAGUAAUUUUGAGAUAUGGUAGAACAAAUAUAUUUUGUAUGGUACACUUCUUUUUGCCCUCUUUAUUACAGGCCUACAACCUUGUCUGUUCCGGCACACCACAAUCGACUGGUAUUCUUAACUAUGAUGUUUAUUACUAAUUAUAUGUUAUCUAACCAUCACGGCAAUAUUGCCCUGACCACAAAUAAUAAAAAUAAAAAUAAAAAAAAAACAGUGGCAGUUUGCUUUUUACUGCUUUAUUCACAACUACGCUGUGGUUCAGUGUCUUACAAAUUUGAUUUGAUCUAGGAGCCAGCUAAAAAGUUAGGAGCCAGGUUUUUGUUUUAAACUAGCAAAGCAUUAUUAUCAACAACAAAUAUACAAUUCUUAAUGGGACACUAUAGUCACCAAAACCACUACAGCUUAAUGUAGUGGUUCGGGUGUCUAUAGCCUGUUCUUGCUGGAUUUUCAAUGUAAACACUGCCUUUUUAGAGAAAAGGCUGUGUUUACAUUGAUGCCCAGUAACACUUAACAGUUACUCAGAUGGCAAGUAGAGGUGCUUCACAGUGUGCAACUCUUAUGUUCAGUGUCUGCACACUCAUCAUGGAGGCGCAUUGUGUUUGCCACAGAAAUGCAAUGGUUUAAUGCAGCUCUAUGAGAAGAUGCUGAUUGGCGCAGCAUGGUAUUUUGCUGCAUAUGUGCAAUAGCCUCUCAAUGCAGCUUACAGAAAAGCAUUGUAUUGGCAUGAGACAUCAAGACUGAUUACCUCAGCCAAUGAUGCUGGGCCAGCUAACACUAGACUGGCACAGCAUGGGAAAAAAGGUGAGUAAAACACCUUUCCACGUGUUCGGAGGGAGGGCAGUCACCUAAACAAACACACUCGCUGACAGACCGGCGCAAGCAGUUUCUCAUACACUCACAAACUAUAAUUUUUUUAUUUUAAUUUCAGUCCACCCAGACUCUCGGAGAGCUGGAGUGCAUCCUUUCUCUGGGGUCCAAUGUGUGGCUGUUAUCUUCAAGAUUUUUUUGCUCUGCUCCAUCGAGCUCUGUUUAGUGAUGCCGGGAUCAGAGUGACAUUAUAUCCCAGCUUCUAGGGUGCGCGAGGGAGCAGAACAAGAAGAGCUUGACUAUUACAGCCCCCUCACCAGCCGCUUCCAUUAUGCACAGCCGCCCACCUCUGCAGAAUGGGCUGACAAACUCAUGGCAAAUUUCCUAGCCGCCACGGCGACCUGGCCCCUGGGAUUUGUCAAGCCCUGCUUUAGUUGAUUUAACCGUUAAGAACUAGGAGUAGUUACCCAGCAUGUUGUCGUGGCUGUCCUACUUCUGGGACAUGAGUAAAAAUGUAGCCAGUGAGCAUGUCUAUGCAAGUUCUCGAUGCACUAGGCAUGAAUUGUGGCCAGUAGAAAAGCACUUGAGUAGCAGUCUGCAUAUGGGCACCUUGCUUGCCUACCUGUCAUUCAACUGCGUUAAAGUUGCAAUUGAAUGAAGCUUUACCAUGCAAAUCCAUGUACCUAUUUUAAUUCCCUGUUUAAGAACCAUUGCUGUGAAUUUAAGAUAAAAAUAGACGAAGAAAAAUUCUCAAAUGCAGAUAUGCUUUACAUUCAGCUACUCUGGCCUUAAACUUUAAAUUUAUUUUUAAAUUCUCACUUUGGUAAUAACUGUAAGGGAGAACAAAGAAAUUGGUCAGUUACUGAGCAAGUGCAGGUUUGGGCUACAUCAUGGGAACAAUGGAAAGUAGAUGGAAAUUUCAGAAGGCUCACUGCUGCUUGUUAAAGACAUCUGUCACGUAAACCACUUUUAACUGUGUUUGGGACAGGUGAAAAGAUCGAUAUAGGCUUAUUUUCUUCACUACAUAUCCUGUUGUCUACAUGGUUGUUAGAAACACCGCCUCUGUAUCACUAUGUAUACAUUUGUAUACAAUUAUUCACUAAACAAUCAUCGUUCAUACUGGACCCUGUGAUGUUAACAGAAAUAAUGCAAAAACAAUAUUUAAAAAAAUGUAUUUAAUAUAUUUAGUUAUUUAUUAAGAGCCAAAAUAUUCAUUACAGGCCCGCCAUACAGGUAGCUUAUUACAGAGGAAUUUUAAACCUACAGGAUCAGAGUAUUUUGAGAAACCUGCUGUAUUGCAGUUAAAGGAAGUAUGGAAUGUAGCAUAAAAGAUAAAAGUGUAGUUUCACUUGCAUAUGCAGUUAUGGGGUACUAUUUGACAGGUGUGCGGCUGAUAUCUAGCUAUAUGCAUUAUUUACCGUAAACAAACUAUAUCUGUGAACAUGUGCUUCUUAAUGUUUUCUGAAAAAAGCCACUUUUUAAUGCCUUGCAAGGGCACUUAUAUAUGAUGUACCUAGACAAAUAAACCCCAUAGGAAUGGUGGGCAAUUGUCCCUUAAAGUCUUUGUAAUGGAUCACCUGGCACCCCGACUGGGUACCUCCGCCAAAGGACCACUUCCUAGCUGGAACAGGGGACAAGCCGCAGCACUUUUUCUUGCCCUCAGUCGCCGUAGCUUGACUGGGGCCCUGGAACCGCCACCUCCUUCCUGGAUUUGAAGGGAAAAUUAGAUUUGACACCUCCUAGGCACUGGACGACACUCAGUCCUGGGAACUCUGGAGCUGAAGGGGGAAUUAGCUCUAGUUCUUACAAGGACUUUCCCCGUUGAAUCUCCUGCAAGCUGGAACAGUAGACACAGGAGCAAAUCUUCUUUCCCUCCAAUAACUGGACGACACACAGUUUUGGAGUGUAAGCAGGAAUCUCAAGUUUAAUGGGACACACUGGCCUUUUAUACAAUUUUCCAGGCCAGAGGAACAUCCCCUGGACCUAAUGGGGCACAGGAACACAAAGGACAUAAACCAAUCAGAACAAAUAUACAGUCUGUGACACGCCCAUGUACAGCACACAAUCUCUCCCCUCUGUUUAGGAGAUUAUAGAGUCCUGUAAGUAACUCAAUUAUCUUCAGGCAGAAAAAACACAUUUUCAUAAAGUUCAGAAAGUACCCCAAAAUCCAACAUAUCCCCAUAAAAGUCCCCUGAUAGCUCCGAUCUGGGUGAACAACAUAUCCCAAAAUCACCCAGAUCGGUUAAGGGGUUCAGGAAUUUCCUGGAAGUCAUAGUUUUGACCGACCGCAAGCAUGGCCCCAUGCCCAAAACAGUUCCAGGAAAAUCAGUGCUAUCAGUGGUAGUCUUUUACAGGUUUCCCUGCAGGGCCCAUAGUCUGUGGGCAGGAGGCUGGCAAGCAGGCUCCUCCAGGAGCUCGUGGCAAACUCACUUGAAAAGGGGAGUUUGUCACAGUCUUAUUUAAAGCCUAAAGUACAAACUGCUAACCGUCAGCAGGCUUCUGCUCCAGGAAUUAAUUCAGGGACUACAAUAGAACAUUGUGCCAGUUGGCUGCUCUGAUUUAUUAUUUAUUAUUUUAUUUUUUUCCCCAACACAUACUUGACACAAACUCUCCUCUCUGUAUUAACAUUUCAGUAAAUUAAAUUUUAGACUAUUCGUAUGCUUUUAAAUUGCAUGUGUGCAUGCCUGAUGUUGGUAUAAGAAGUGUACCUCUACUUAGUGCAGAAUCCUUUUAAAUGUGUUGUUGAUGCUUUGAAUGCCUAAAAAGUGAGAACAUGCAUUCCUUUGUCCCUGGAAUCAGCUAGAUUGCAAUCGAACUGUUAACAAUUUGCUUGUAUUACACAUGUAGUUAUUUUUUAGGAGAUAUUUGGCAUGUAGUGGAACAGAAUGUAAGAGAAAAUGCAGUUGUCCUCUUGAAAUGUUUUUUGUUCUAUGCUAAUACUUGUACAUAACCCGGAUACCCUCAUAAAAUAUCCCAACUCAAUAGUGGAAACCAAAUCUGUCAGGUUAGAGCAGACUGUUGGUGAACUGACUGUUAAGUUGCACAUUUUAACCCUAUACAGUUUAUUUAGUUUGAGUUUUAUUUCCAAGACAGACCUUAAUUUUGUGGUUUUGUGGGCAACUCACAGUAUUGUGAAAAAAUAUUAAUAUUUUAUUUAUUGAUUAUCUUUAUCGGAAGCCAGUGUCUAAUGUUGACUGUUACUGAUUUGCAAAUUGAUAGUUUUCUCUUAUUUAUUCAUUAAAGGAUACAAAUUGGGAAUUUAGAGCCAUGUUGAACAUGAAGCUGGAGUCCACACUAAACCUUUAUGCACCCUUCAUGCAAAUUAUAGGAGUGAUGCCCACCUACCAUUCCUCUGGUCAGCCAAGCCUAGACUGGCUGAGCAUUAUGGGGAUUGUUUAUCUCAAAUUGAAGGUGCUUGUGAAAUGCAGUUCACAAGAUGUUCAGCAAGUCUUAAACGUUAUUGGAAUUGUGUAGCCUCUAGCUACAUUUUAUAUACCCCUGUACCCAACAUUUAUAUCUUUCUCUAGCCUUCUUUGCUAUGUGUCUCUUGACCCUCUAGCCAUCUUUCGAUUACUGGUCUUUCACUACCGCCUUAGGUGUCUCUCCAGCAAGUCCCUAGUGUGUCCUUUUUUGGCCCUUGCUCUACCCCAUUGUACCGCUCUGUAGCUCUUCCUAUAUUUCUUCACUGUCUUCUCUCCUCCAUCAUUCUGUUCCAGAAGCAUGGCCAAACUGUCAGCAGUCAGUGAGACUCUUGCCCUACUGUUCAGGCUCAUUGUCAAUCCUAUGCACCUGGUAAUGCUGUGAAUGCAGGAGAUUGGGAUAUGACAUAACAUGAAAUCUGUAUGCUGGCAACUUUUCCGUGCUAGAGGAACAGGGAUUAUGUGUAGGAGUGCAUAUAUCUUCCUGGAUCACUCACUUGUAGGAUUAUUGAAUAGUAUUCUAUCCCAGCUCCUAAUGUCCGAUUGCACAGACGACUAAGGCAGGUUCGGUGAAUACCUCCCAAGCAGGGCCAGAUUAAGAGUCCAUUGGGCCUGGUGCUGACAAUUUUGAUGGGCCUAAUAACCGAAUCUUAUCAACAGAAAACACUAAAACAGUUAUACCUCCAAAGUGUCAUCUAUCUGGUGUAGGUGGCGCUGGAGGGAAACUCACAGGAUAUAGCUAUCAGAAAACACACACCCUUUGCUAAUCUCUCGCUUUCAUCUUUCAAGUAAACCCAUACGCCCCAACAGCAGUGUGUGGUGAAGCAGGAUUUCAGGGAGCAGGGUAAAAGGAUGGACCACUGAUGUGAAUCGCGUAACCAGAACCGCCCAAAGGGACAACCUGCUCAAAAAGGGGGUGUGUCUGCAUGAAGAAUUAGAUGGUUAGCCUGGUGUAAAUGCACCCUGAGUUUGGCAUAAAUGUGUCUGAUGCGCUAGGUCUAUGAUUUCUAAGGACUGUCCUCUAGCACUCGCUGGUCCACUCUUCUCCUAACCUUCUUACUAGCAGACAGAAGCUCCUGUUAUACAGUCUGGGACAGAUAAAAAGCGUAUGUAGUGAGUGUAGAAGAAAGGAGCGCCGGCCCCUCAAAUGCUGCAGCCGCCUGAGGGAGGAGAGACCACGAGGGGAGGGGGGUGGAGGAGAGACCACUAUGGUAGGCGUGGGGGGUGGAGGAGAGACCACUAUGGUAGGCGUGGGGGGUGGAGGAGAGACCACUAUGGUAGUGGGGGUGGAGGAGACCACUAUGGGGGGGGUGGAGGAGAGACCACUAUGGUAGGGGGGGUGGAGGAGUGGUAGGUGGAGGAGAGACCACUAUGGUAGGGGUGGGGGUGAGGAGAGGUCACUAUGGUAGGGUGGGGGUGAGGAGAGGUCACUAUGGUAGGGUGGGGGGUGAGGAGAGGUCACUAUGGUAGGGGUGGGGGUGAGGAGGAGGCCACUAGGGUAGAGGGGGGGGUGUUAGGAGAGACCACUAGGGAGAGUGGGGGGAAAGGAAAGACUACUAGGGGAGGGUGGUGGGGAGGAGUGACCACUAGGGGAGGAGGGAUGGGAGAGGAGAGACCACUAUUGGAAAGGGGGGGAGGAGGGGAGAGACCACUAAUGAAAAGGGGGGAGGAGAGACCCUGCUCAGGAGAGUACACUAAGGGAGGCAGGAGAGGAGAUGAGUCCACUAAGGGGCAGUGGAGAGCUCUAUGGGAUGCAAUGGAGAGCUCUAAAGGGCAGGGGAGAGUACUAAGGGGGGGUGUAGGAGAGAGCACUAAGGAAUGGGGAGGAGCACCAAGGGAAGGGAGUGGGGGGAGAGAGCACUAGGAGACAGAGGGGAGAGCACUAAGGGACAGUGGGGCAGAAGGGAAGAGCAGUAAGGGACAAGAGGGGAGAGAGACUGAGGAAAGUGGGAAAGAGAAGCACAAAGGGACUGGUAGGACUCAGCCCCUAUCCUACCGCACAAACUCUCUCUUUCACACUACACACACAAUGCUUCCCCAUACAUACACAGAAACACACAAUGCAUCCACAUACAUACACAGAAACACACAAUGCAUCCCUUGCACACAUGCACAGAAACACACACUGCUUCACUUACACACACACACACACACACACAGAAACACAAUGCAUCUCUUACACACACACACACAGAAACACAAUGCAUCUCUUACACGCACACUCAAUGCACACCUUAGACACACACCUUGCAUCCCUUACACAUACAAACACACAAUGCAUCCCUUAAACACAACCAGAAACACACAAUACAUCCCUUACACACAAACACACACUGCUUUCUAUCCCUUACACAAAAACACACUGCAUCUACCACACACACACUGCAUCACCUACACAAACUGGUAUCCCUAUACACUACAUUCCAUAAGCACACACUUUAGAUCCUCUACACAAACACGUAACACAUUUCCUACACACUCUACUCCCUGUGAGCAAACUAAUGUGUGGAACAUCUAGGUGGACUUAUGGGCAUACUCGCCAUCAGCCCAUGGGGGCCCUGAUUUUGAGCUGUGCAAGGGGCCCCAAAAAAUGGAGCUGCUUCACAUUCCCCCAGAACAUUGACUUUUGUGACCACAGUUACAAACAGCCGCCAGAGAGCUUGUUCUCCACCAGACCAGUGGAGCCAAACUGCAGCCAAAGCCCAUCAUCAUCCUUAUUUGGUUGUAAGUAGGCAAUCUAGUAUAUUAUUCGUGGCACUAAUCUCUAAUUUACCUCACAUUAAAGGGACACUAUAGUCGCCAGAACCACUGCAGCUUAAUGUCUAUAGCCUGUCUAAAUCUUUGCACCGGCCCUGAGUCCACACCAGUUUUGUUCCCCUACAUCCCUCAAAAGUUUCCAUACUUAAGCAAGAGCAUGUGAAGAGUAGUAAAAUUUAUAUAUAUUUAUUCUUUUUUUUUUUUUUAAAUCAAUGGGCCUAUUCUGCAUUAGGGAUGCACAGGAAUUUCACAACGCUGUAUAGUGUGGGCAGAUGACGUGUCCCACAGGCAUUUUAUCUACCCACACAAAGAUGGCGGCUCUCAGUACCUAAGUCCGGGUACGAAAUAAAAAUGCAAAAAUAGGUAAUAUGGGGGGCUUAGGGGCAUUUGGGAGGUGACUAGGGGGACAAUUAGAUGUAGUGGAGUUGGGAGGGGGAUUAAAAAAACAAAACAGGAUUCGGCCAUGACAGUACCACCUUAAUGUUUGUGUUGUGCCGCUUCUCUGUUAUGCAGAAGUGAAUUUGCACUUUCACUGUUCAACUUUAGAUCGCAAUGAUAGGCUAAGAGUACUAGACUAACCCAUCCCUAACAUUCUCAGCCAAUCAUUGUUGGCCAAAUGUAGACAACUAAUAUGGGAGUCAACUUCUACAUUAACAGAGAGACAGCAGGAGGAUUGGGCUUUAGUUGAUAGAUGAACCCCUUUUUCAUCUCUUAAUCUUAAUCUUUAUCUUAUGUGGUAGGUGGUUAUAGUUCCAAGGUAUCUACUUGAUUGGCUAACAUGUUCAUCUUGUUGUACUAACUGUCAAGUUCUAUUUCAUUUUAAUUUCCGAUCCAACAAAUUCACUCAGCAACAAAAUACAUUUUAAUCUAAAAUGACAGACUGUUCAGGAUCACUUAAAGAUUUCUACUCACUUUACAAUCUGUAUUAUAUACCAAAGACCAGAAUAUGAAUAAUUUGGCUAUUUGGUGUAGACAGCCAUGAAGAUGUUAAGUGUUUUGUUUUUUUCACAGUGCAGCUCUGUGUGCUGUCCCUUCUUGACUUCUCAAGACAUACACACUCGUUCAUUACUAGGCAGCAAAUGCUCAUAAACACAGCUUCCUCUAACAUUACAAAUGGUGUUGGCAUGAGCUGUGGAUUUGUUUUCAAAGCUGCAAAUUGUACAUUCCUUCUAGGGAUCUGUCUGACGUAUGGAGCCUGAUUUCAGAAGGGCAAUACCAUCCUUUAAAGGAAAUCCAUAACUAAAAUAAGCUUCUACCUAAACUACAGAUAAAUAGACCAUGCUUUCUAUAUAUCAUUUGGGCAGCAAGUUAAUUUCAGCUGUAAGUUCAUGUCAUUUCUGUUCUUCUAUAACUAGUAUAAUUUUACAAAAAUUGCUUGUCUGACUCCUUAGCCCUUUUUAGAGCGCUAUAGAAUGUUGUCUUUUAUAUAAUAUACUGACAGAACAUCUUACAUUUUGUAUUCUUUGUAUUCCUGAAUUGCUUAAAGUUCUACUAAUCGAUAAUGGAACAGGUAACUCUAACAUACACAUAAGCCAUGCAUUUAUUUGUCUUUGUGGAAGACCACAUUUACGAGGUUAACGAGAAUUGUUGGGAAUUCAAAGUGUAUUUUCACAUUUUAGACUGUGGUGGGCAUCAAGUGAAAGAGAGAUGUGGAGGGUGGCAUGAUAGCAUGCCAGUAACUCAAUAUGUAAUCCUAGGAACACUUGUGGUUGUAGAAGUGGAGUGUAGUUUCAGUGCGCACACCCGAUGUGCCUUGGCAACACCUUGAUGAAGUACUCCUGUGUAAGUUGAAAUACUCUUGAGGGGCUUAAUGCAGCAGCAACAACCUUGUUUAAAGGAGCAAUCCAAGCACCAUAACCACAGCAGUGUGCUGUGUUGGUUAAGGAGCCAGGAAUGCUCUGGUGCCUCCUUUUGUAAGGGGUCAAAUACUUUUAGCGUGGUUUGACUUCAAUGCUGAGGUUAACAAAACAAUGUCCUCCAAAUCCACUACAGCUCCUGAGCUGAACCUAGCAAUCGACUUACUCUUCCAACCCCAAGCAAUGCACUGCAGGUCUUGGCACACACGAGUGAACGAAUGCUCCUGAGCUGGAGCUUCCAUCUCUCACUGAGCAAGAUAAGAAGGCCACCCUAUAUAAAAUGGUUUGAUUCCUUAUGAAGAGUUAGCUCUAGGGAACUCCUGUCACCAUAAUUACAGCUCACUGAAGUGGUGCUUGGAGUGUUCCUUUUUAAACAAGUGCUUUAGAAUAAGCCCAACCUUGACCCGAACUUCCCAUCCAACUACCGCCCUAUCUCGCUAUUGCCUUUUGCUUCCAAGAUCCUUGAAAGACUUGUAUUUUGUGAGAUUGAUAGACUUCCUCAAGUCCAAUUCUCUGCUCGACCCACUUCAGUCUGGUUUCCACGCUCAGCACUCUGGAAACGGCACUGACCAAAGUAUGAAACAAUUUACUUGCUGCAAAAUCUCAUGGUCACUACUCUAUCCUACUACUUGACCUUUCCGCUGCUUUUGAUACUGUUGCUCAUCAACCGCUUCUUCUCAUCCUCUGUAAUCUAAUAUUGCUCUCUCAUGGUGCUCCUCCUACCUCACCCAGCGCUCUUUUAGUGUCUCUUUCCCUGGUUCUGCCUGUUCAUCCCAACCUCUCUCUGUUGAUGUCCCCUAGGUUCAGUCCUUGGUCCCCUACUGUUCUCGAUCUAUACUGCCUCCCUUGGUAAACUCAUCAGCUUCUUUUGGCUUCCAAUAUCACUUCUAUGCGGAUGACACGCAAAUCUAUCUCUCCUCCCCUGUUCUCUCCCCGCCCCUCCUGACUAGUGUCUCUUACUGCCUCUCUGCUAUUUCUAACUGCAUGGCUGCCCACUUCCUUAAGCCCAACUUGUCCAAAACAAAACUUCUGGUCUUUCUUCCCUCAAGUGUUGCUACUCCCAUUUCUGUCUCCCUCCACGUUAAUGUUGCUACCAUCAGCACCAUGCAGGCUCGCUGCCUAGGUGUUCUCUUUGACUCCAACCUCUCUUUCACCUCUCAUAUCUAGUCAAUCGCCAAAUCCUGCCACUUCCAUCUCCAAAACAUUGCGCGCAUAAAAUAAAAAAAAGCAAAUUUCAUGCCUGAUGUUGUGCGAAGAUAACCUCGCCGUUUAUCAGCAUAAUACUUGAAACGGUCAGCAGCAGUCCCCAGGAUGGAGUGUACUUUUACCCAGGUCUCACGAAUGGAAGCAAGAUGGUCAUCCAAAGCAGGAAUGGCAGUGUCAGAAAAAACAGCCGGGAGGACAGUAGGAUGCCGGCCAUUAUUAACAAAAAAAAGGCUAUGUCCAGAAGAGUCAUGGUCAACAUUGUUCCUAGCAAACUCUGCCCAUGGUAGUAAUUCGGACCGAUAGUUUUGAGUGCUAUUAACAAAACAACGCAAAUCUAAUUCUAAAGACUGGUUAGCCCUUUCAGCUGUACCAUUAGUCUGGGCGUGGUAAGAGGAUGAAAAAGAUAAUCCAAUCCCCAAUUGCUUAUUGAAAGCCCUCCAAAACCGGGGAAACAAACUGAGAACCUCUAUCCGAUACAAUAUUGUGAGGAAUGCCAUGCAGACGGACAAUCUCACGUAUAAAGAUCAGUACCAGGUCUUGUGAUGACGGUAAUUUCUUGAGUGGGAUAAAAUGAGCCAUUUUAGAAAAAUGGUCAACAACCAUGAGAAUAGUGAUAUAAAAAGUUCUACAAGUGGGACCAUGGGACCUCAGGAAUGGGAAGAGGUUGUAACAAGCCACAAGGGAAUUUAUGAGGUACCUUGGAAACUGCACAAACAGAACAUGCCUGCACGUAUUCCUUAACAUCCCUCCUGAGGGAAUCACACCAAAAUGAUCUCAUAAUCGCAGAUGUGUAUUUAUUAAUACCCAGGUGCCACGUUGUCAUGGAACACCUUCAUGAUAUUUACCCUUUCACCCAAUGGAACGAACAAUCUGUCUUGAGGUUUACCACAGGGCGUCUGAGACUGAGCCUCCAUGAUGGAGCCAAGAUGAGAAGACAAUGAAAGGAUAGUGGAUGCAAUAAUACAUUUAGGGGGAAUGAUAUGGGAUGUUUAGACUCCGUAUCAAAUUGUCUAGAUAAGGCGUCGGCCUUGACAUUUUUAGAACCAGGUCUAUAAGUUAAGUUAUAAGAAAAUUAAAGCGAGAAAAGAAUAGUGACCACCUAGCUUGUCUAGAAGACAAUCGUUUAGCAUCUCCUAUGUAAGCCAGGUUUUUGUGAUCGUUAAUGAUCAAAAGAAGGUCCUUGGAACCCUCUAAAAGAUGUCGCCACUCCUUGAGAGCUAGAAUAAUGGCCUGUUGCCUACAUCAUAAUCGCGCUCAGCAGGAGACAACUUUCUAGAAAAGUAGCAACAAGGAUGCAAAGGAGUUUCCUGGCUCUCCCUCUGGGAGAGAACGACUCCCACCCCCAUCUCAGAUGCAUCAACCUCCAGUAUGAAAAGUUUGCUAGUGUCAAAAUGUAUCACUAUGUCGGCGGAGGCAACACUUUGUUUGAGAGUUUCAAAGGCUUCUAUAGCCUCCUUAGACCAUAUCGUACUACUAGCUCCCUUGCGUGUCAUAUUGGUGUUGGGGGGCUAUUACUGAAGAAAAUCCCUUUAUAAACCUUCUGUAAUAAUUGGCAAGACCAAUGAACCUUUGAAUGGCUUUCAACCCAGUGGGUAAAGGCCACUGUAGAACAGACUCCAGUUUUGUAGGAUCCAUUUGAAACCCAAGGCAGAAAUAUGAUAUCCUACAAACUGUACUUCAGAUGCAUUUUUCUAAUUGACAAAAAAGUUUGCAAAACCUGUUUAACAUAAUUGUGGUGAGUUUGAAUGUCAGGAGAAUAAAUAAGGCUGUCAUCCAGAUAGACUAAGACAAAUGAGUAAAUGUAAUCCCCGAGUACGUCAUUAAUAAAAUCUAGGAAAACUGCUGGAGCGUUGCACAACCCAAAUGGCAUCACAAGAUACUCAGUGUCCACUUCUGGUAUUAAAUGCAGUCUUCCAUUCAUGAUUUUCCUUGAUUCUCACUAAACUGUAAGCGCUUCUAAGGUCAAGAUUAGUAAAUAUUUUAGCGCUUUGGAAUCUGUCAAAUAACUCUGCAAUAAGGGGAAUGGGGUAGGCGUUCUUAAUGGUGAUUUUGUUCAAUGCCCUGUAAUCGAUACAUGGGCGUAACUCACCAUCCUUUUUAGAUACAAAAAAGAAUCCUGCCCCAGCAGGUAAGGAUGAUUUGCGUAUAUGGCCCUUAUUCAAUGAAUCCAAUAUUUUACUCUCUUGUGGGGAUAGAGCAUAGACUGCUCCUUUAGGUGGCAUAGCACCGGGUAGUAAGCUUAUGGAACAGUCAUAUGGUCUGUGAGGAGGUAAAGUAUUAGACUGAGUUUUGCUGAAUACUUCCCUGAUGUCUCGGUAUUAAAUAGGAACUUCGGGGGUUUGAGGUGAAACAGUGGGUAAUUCAAUAGUGCCCCCUCAUUUGAUGACAUGGAAUAUGCACCUUUCAUCACAAUCAUUACCCCAUUCCAAUAUUUCCCCAUUAGCCUAGUCGAUAUGAGGGCUAUGUUUACUAAGCCAAGGAAAGCCUAAUAUAAUAGGACAAGGAGAUGCAAUAACUUGAAAUGUUAUAUCUUCCUAAUGUAAGGCACCAAUGGUUGUGAGAGUGGUCUCCCAUCAAUAGCUUCCACAGCUAAAGGUGAUCGUCUCUCCUUGAUAGGUAUAGCAUUGCCCUUAACAAAUUGAACAUCAAUGAAGUUUCCAGCAGCACCUGAGUUCAUCAGGGCUUUUCAUGAAAAGUUAUUUUCGGCAAAGGUGAUAGAAAAAUCAAGGAGAAACCUGUUUUUAUUCUUUCCAGAGGACGUCUCCAUUACACCUAAGACCUGUCCCCAUGAGGUGUUUAGGUGCGGUAGUUUUCCGGACUUAUGGGACAAUUGCUUCUCAUAUGUCCUUUUCUACCGCAGUAUAGACAUAGGCCUUCUUUUCUCCUAUAUUGUCUUUCUGCUUCCAACAGUCUAGUGACCCCCAACUGCAUGGGUUCGGACUGUAUAGGAAGUUCAGAGACCAUUGGUCUGGAGAACCGGGGUGCUAAAGGCAUAGUCAUGCGUCUGGUCUUGUUUUCUCUGGUUCUUAAUCUAUUGUCAAUAUGCAUGACAAAAGUGAUGAACUCCUUAAGCUUCUUGGGUAGGUCUUUGGCGGCAAUCUCAUCUAGCAUAGUUUCAGAUAGUCCCUUUUUUAAAUGCAGAGUUUAACCCACUGUUAGUCCAGUCUACCUUGGAAGCCAAGGUACAAAAUUCUAUGGCAUACUCAGAGAUAGACCGAUUCCCUUGUCUGAUGGGCAUCAGGGCAGUGGAGGCGUCAUCCUCGCUGCCUAAUGGUUCAAAUGUUAGUUUAAAUUUCGUAAGGAAUUCCUGGUAAUUGUAUGCCACACUCCUAUUACUCUCCCAUAAUGGAUUGGCCCAAGCUAAAGCUUUACCUUUAAGUUGAUUCCUCAGGUAAGCAAUCUUAGCUCUGUUUGAGGUAAAAGAUCCCGGUGAGGCCUCAAAAUGAUAUUCUAUUUGGUUAAGAAAUCCCCGUCAUUCUUGAAUAGUACCAUCAAAAUGCAGGGGAGGAGAUAGAGAUAGUGGGUGCCUUGUGUACUAUAGGUGGAGGUACACUAGGCGGAGGUGAGGCAGUAGAAGAGGCCACAGGUUGCAGUUGCGCUGUUCAGGUCAGAAGCGUACUGAAGGCCUGGGCAAAUUGAUCCAUGCAGUGAUCAUUCUCCUCUAGUUUCCUCUUGCAAGCAGCUAUGUGCUUACACAAUUCUACAGGAUCUAUGGCCAUGUCGUAAUGUCAGGAUUACUGUAUGAUCCAGCAUGUAGAAUUGUGUAACACAGAUGACUAAUAGGUAACAUAUUACCGGGCCUUAGAAUGGCCGGACUAACGUACCAAAGAAUAGUCAGGAAAAACGAUAAAGGAAAGCCAGAGGUCAGGGAUACCAGAAAUACAGGGAAGUCAAAAUCAAAGCCAAAGUCAAAAACCAGAAUAUACAGUACUUGAAUAAGCUCUCAGACAACCACUAAGGAAACCACAACAGGGCAAAGAGGAAAGGUAUUUUUAGGUUUAAAUACCUGCUUUACUUUUCUGAUUGGCUGAAAUCGCUCUUUGACCCUAAAACGUGUCAAUCACGUGAGCGGAUGUGGGGGCAUAUUUUGCAGUGGAUCCAGGUGCAGAGACCGCAAGGUGAGGAAGAAUGUUACAAUCCUGCCUAGGCCCCUAAGCUCUGCCGAAGACCUGCAUCUAUCCUCUGUUCAUACUCCCACCUCUGAUUCUCGCAUUCAAGACUUAUCUAGGGCUGCACUGUUCAUAUGGAACUCCCUUCCCUUUUCCAUUAGAUGCUCACCCAGUUUCCAUUCCUUCAAAAAAAUCAUUAAAAACUCACUUUUUCACAAAAGCAUAUCACCUGUUAAUGACUCCAAAAAAAACCCACACAAAGUCUUCAUUAAAUACUAUUCUACCAAUCUACUUCCCUAAUACUUCCCUUACCUUUUGGGUCACUGUACCCCACUCCCUCUAGCAUGUAAGCUCUGAGCAAGGCCCUCAACCCCUCUGUUCCUUUGUGUCCAACAUGUCUGGUUACAAUAACAUUUUUGUUAGUCCACCCUACGCUAUGGAAUUUGUUGAUGCUAUAUAAUAUACAAAUUGUCAAGCAUAUAAUAAUGGCCUACUCUGUGUUUAUAGGUCAAUUCACUAAGCAGGAAAUCAAAACUUCAAAGUUAACAUACUGCACUGUAAGAUCAGUGGGCUUAGUUCAGUGGCAGGGACUUCCAGCAAGGGCCACAGGAUUUCUGAUACAAAAGACCUUCUGUCAGUGUCUAAAAGUGGAAAUCAUGAUCUAGUGGAAUCUAUGCAUGGGCACGAAAAUAGAAAACAAUAUAGAGUUUCCACUCAUUCAAAUUUAUUUCAGAGACUGAUUCUAGUGCACCUAUAGAAUUCUACUUGUAUUUUUAUUCCACCUACUUUUAGAAACUGUUCUUUUUGUCUUUGUGUUUCAAAUCAUUUAAAAGUGUGGGAAUUCUUACAGCUGGUGCUAGACAUUAUUUAGCUCUGACCUGUUUUACAUCAUUUUCUCUGUAUAAUCCUUCAAUUUCUGACCCUAAACUCUUUCCUUCUUCUUGAUUAAAGGUGCUAAAGUACAGCACUUGACGCCACAGAGUUGUAAUAAAUGAAGUGUGGUAUAAGGUCUGCUACAAUCAUUAGGGUUAACAAUUUUAAAUCUCGCUCGCUCUCUCUAGCUUUUUCCCUACUUUACACAGGUCCUAACAUGUCAUUGUGUAACAAAUUAACACUAAGCUUGAAUACGGGUAAUCUAUUUAAAAAGUAACUAUGACACCAACAAUUUCCACACAACCCAAAAUCUAAUUAAAAUAGCUAGUGGGUUGUACAUUUUCUUUCGUUCUCUCUCGUUCUCUCUCGUUCUCUCUCGUUCUCUCUCGUUCUCUCUCUCUCUCAAAAUUUUGUGCAGAAUGUUUCCAUGGGCGCAAUGUCCUAACAUACAUGCAUGUGGGCAUGCACAUGUUAAGCAUCUCGGGGAGAUAUUGGUACCAAUAUCCAGAAGUGAAGCAGAGGUAAGUGCAUUUUAUAUGACCUCUGCUGCAUUCCUUACCUCAUUAAAACUUACAGUAGUAAUUAUAUGGAUAAGAGAAAAUGUAGUUUACUGUGGUGCAAGCUCCUAUGAAAUUACAAAUUUUAAUGCAAGCAUCCAAACACGGCCCGAGGGGUGCAAUCUCCAAGUGACCGGCAGCUGGGGAGAGCACAGCAUAGCAUUUUCCCUCCUGCCAGUCACAACACGUAGUGUUGUCGAGCCGACUGUAGGUAGAGGAUCUUCUGUGUCAUCUCCCCAGUUUGAUAGGAAGCUGUGAGGACUUCCUGUCAGACCAUGUAGAAGAUACAGAAGAUAUUAUUCAAAUGUCUGCUUGGCAACCCUAUAUAGGAGGUCAGCAGGUACAGGAGAAGAGAGAGGGGAGAGACGACGUAGGGAGGGUGGGUGGCAUAGACUACCAAGGGAAGGGGCGGGUGAAAGAGACACACACAAAGGAGGUGGGGGAGGAAGUGGCGCGCACACACACAAGCGGCUGGGGAGAAAUACACACACAAAAGCGGCUUGGGAGAAAUAGGCACACUCAAAAGGGCUGGGGGGAAAAAGAGACCCGCACAAAAGGAAUUGGUGGAAAAGAGACACCCACAGAAAUGGCUGUGGGAAAUAGACCCACACAAAAGGGGCAAGGUGUGAGACACUAGGGGUGGGGGCGGGAGAAGAGAUGCACACUAGGGGCUGGAGGGCACACAGAGGGGAUGUGGGGAGAAAGAGACACACAGAAGGUCUAGAAAAUAGAAACAAAGAGGAGUUGGGGGAAGGGAUAAUGAGACACACAAAGGGGCUGGGGUAGGGGAAAAGGUGAAACAUAACGACUAGUGGGUAGAGACACACAGGGGGGCUGGAGCUAAGAGACACAAAAAAAGGCUGCUAUGAGAAAGAGACACAUAGAGGGGCGGUGAAGAGAGACACACAAAGGGCUUUACUGUGUUAGAAAGAGACACCUGGGAAAGAGAAAUAAGAGACACAGAGGAACUGGCAGGAAGUAAGAGAUAAAUGGAGGUUGUAAGAGACACAGACCCUCAGGGGUAUAAGACACACUGAGGGGAAAAUGGGGAAUAAGAUACACUAAAGCUGGUAAUACAACCAAAAUAAGUAACACAAAAAGGGGCAAGCUAUACAAACGUGGGUUUAAGAGAAACACAGGCGAAGAUGCAUCUUAAUCUGUGUUUCUCUUAAACCCACUUUUGGGACACCCGGCGGAACAGUCCUCGCCAUUGGGGGUCUUUGCAAAAUAUACAAAGACUCCAGACAGUGACAGAGCUACUUUAAUGCAGUAAUCUUCUCAAAAAGCCAGUAGUUACAACCUUAUUAUUUUAUAUGGGGAUACCGGCAAGAGAGAACAGGGAAGUUUCAUAUAUAAUGUAGCAUCUUUUUUUAUAGUUAUUUUGUAUAAUUUAUUUCUUAAUGCAAUAUCUAUAUAAUUAAUUAAAUUAGGGUCACUUCGGCAGCAUCCAUUAUGCUGGAAUAUAUAUAUUGAAGUUGCUGUUUAGUAGAUAGGAGAGUGUGCUGGAUCUGGUACACACAUACACGCACACGCACACACCCGCACACACCCGCAACUUCAAUGUUGACAGAUUUUAUUAGGUGUUUGUUUUUUUUAUAUCAUCUAGGCAAAAAUAAUGAGGGUUUAGUUACAUCCUACAUUGCAUAAGCCUGCCACAACGUUAAUGUACCCUAUCUUCAGCACCCUAUUUAUGCAUGUUCAGGUGAGUGCAGCCUCCUGGUUUCAUAUAUAUAAUUAUUAUUUUUAUUUUCAGAACUGAUUAGCAUAGUUGUAUUAUCUAUUUAUUUUUACUGAUAUUCUCAUGACCCUAGUUGUAUUUCGGGUAAACCUAGUGAAGGAACUUGAUCAUUUAUUUUACUACUUAAAUGUUAAAUCCUCUCAUUCUUCUGCAUAAUGCUCACACUAUUUCUAGAAUUUGCUGUUUUUAUAUAGUUUGAUUUUCAUAUGAAUGAAUGACAGAUGUACACAUGUCUCUAUGAGCACUUAUGAAUUAGUUAGAUUAUGAUACAAAAUCAUGACUAUAUCUAUGACGGUCUAACUCCCUUUGACCAUCCUGGGUUCCUUUUCUCUCAGCAGAUAGUGUAUACUCCUUCCAGGCAAAAUGUAUACACAGGCAUAGGGUAACCCCCCACACAUGAGCCAAGGCUUAAUGCUGGGUAAAGACUCAAUUUUAAUGGCACACAAGCAUCAGAUUUAUACAGUUUACAGACUCCUCCUCUGAGCCUGGGAGAUAAUUGAGUUAGAGGAUGGGCUAAGCUCAAUUAUCUCCACGACAGAAAAAUACAGUAAUUUUAAAACACCCCCAAAAUACCCCCAAAAUACAGUAAAACCCCACAUUAUAUUGCUGGAUAGCUGGGAUGUGGGUGACCAAUAUAUCCGAAAAUCACCCGGAUCCGUUUGGUAGUUUUUCUGUAACAUCGCAAGGAAGUUUGACCGGUCUGCCACGAGGGGUAUGCCGAAAACAGUUCCAGAAGAAAUGUGGCAAGAGCUGGUCUCUAUUCGCAAGGUUUUCACACGAAUGCCAUAGGAGUUAUACGAACGCUGAUUCAUAUAUAAUGUUUACCGCGUUCGGUAGUUUAUUACCGAACGGCGUUCCUGGAUACGAAAUACUAUGCGACCGGGCCGUGCGUGGAAGUAGACCGGUGUUCAGGAGAGUGCCUGGCCGAAAUCAGUUCCAGGCACUCGACGUCUAAGUCCCGCUGAGUGUGUUAGUAUGUUAAGAUGGCCACCAUCCAUUGUUCUCACCACGUGCGUUUGAAUGAACGAAAUGGCGGCCACCCAGUAUAGUGUUCGACAGAAUCCCUUUGAUGUGGUUUACGAAUGUUACAUAGUGUUAAUAGUUUAAUUGCUGUCCCGGGGGGGGAGGGGUCCCUGUUCGCUUACAGAACAAUUAGGCGAACAUAGUGGUGAAAACUAAUCAAAUGUAUGGGCUUUACAUUGUUUUGUUUUUUUGGUUCAUUUUACGGUCACGCGAGUUCCCUACGUUCAUGGUUUUUAUGGCAUAUUUCAGUUCUAUAAAAAGUAAAAUGCAGCAACAGUCAGUGGCCUUUAUUUUACCUACCUUAGUUCUGAAGUAUAAUGCACACUUGAUUAAUAAAUUUGCAUAUGUGUCUGGGUCACCAGCAUGCAAUGCGCUAAUUAUGAGUAUUUGGGUCUGGCUGGGUUUGAACCUGGGUCUCCUGGAUCCCAGUCAGGCACCUUGUCCUUGACUCCACGUAUCUCUAGUUCUUUUGAGAGGUUCCUGGGUUCAUGCUGUCUGAAUCUCUUGGUCUGGACAGUUGCACACCUGUUCCUGGUUCCCUGAUGAUUGGCUGAGACUCCCUAUUUAAACCCCGCAAGGCUGGUUCUCGUUGUUCAGCCCCAGUGCACUGUGUCACAGCCUUGGGGAUUUCUGUCUUGAGUCCCCUCUGCCUGUGUCGAAUUGCAAAGGGUGCUUAAACUCUGCGUGCCGGACUCCCACUCCAGGUAAGAUCCCUGACAAUAUGUGUGUUUACAUACAAUGAAACUACAUAGAAAUGCUGUUAACCCCUUAACGCCGUUACGGCGUUCUAUGCCGUCUCGCUUUAAAAGGGCUUUAAAGCCGUUGUGGCGGCAUAGAACGCAGCAACGGCUUGCAGGCCCCGGAGUUUCGGUUUACUUACCUCCGCCGCGAUCUUCUUCUGCAGGGCUGCCUGACAGUCCAGGCAGCCCUCCCCCGGCAAAUGAGGCCACCUGGGGCCAUGUGAACGCUCUCAAAGAGCGAUCACAUGGCCCUCUAUAGCUGGCUGUGGAUCUGCCAGCAGGGGGACUGUCUGAAAUGUCAGACAGUCCCCCUGCUGGUGGGAAGUAUUAAAAAUAAAAGUUUUUUUUGAUUUUUUUUUUUGAGUUCCCUCUGCCUGUGUCGAAUUUCAAAGGGUGCUUUAACAAUGCGUGCCGGACUCCCACUCCAGCUAAGAUCCCUGACAGUACGAUCUGACCACAUGGAGUCCGCAGAGUUGAAGAUUACCAUUGCAGCCUUGACCCAGCAAGUUUCCCAGCUCACCCAGGCUUUGCAGGGCUUACAGCAGGAGCUGGCUUCCCUUAAAGGGAGAGUAACCUAUGACUCUGGACUCUCUGAACCGCUGGUUGCUCUACCCGAGAAAUUUUCUGGGAUCCGGUCUAAGUAUAAUACCUUCAAAGUCGAUUGCGACGUCCUGUUCUCCCUGAGACCACUUACCUAUGCCACGGACGUCAUUAAAGUGAGGACAGCGAUUACCUUGUUGUCGGGGCACCUUAAGAUUUGGACCCACCAGUUGUUACUCGCCAAAAGCCCAGUCCUGGAUUCCUGGGAGUCCUUUAUUCAAUCCCUGGGUUUACAAUGCAACAGGACACAAAAGUCCUAUGUACAUAGAUCACCUCCUGUUGCUUCACAUAUAUUGCAACCCGGACUGGAGAUGGACUACACUAAUCCUUUCACUAGGACUGGUGUUACAGCUAACCCUACCGCUCCCAAGUCUCCCGAAGCGCCUGAAACAUUGUAUACAUCUGGCAGGGAGGCCGAGGAACCCAUGCAGAUUGGACUGAUUAUGUUCCGUCAGUCCUCUCAAGAAGGAGGGCGCAUGGACUGUUAUUAUUGUGGGGAGAGGGGACAUUUAAUCUAAUUUUGUCCCAUUCGUCCAUCUAGGCCUCUGGUUCUCCAUCUGGGUACUACUCUGGCAUAUCCUAUGAGACCUGUCUGCCAACAUGCUGCCUGUCCUUGCUUGACCACUCUGACCAAUCCUCAGCCUUCUACAGUCGUUGCUCGUGAGGUCGUGCAGGAAUCUGUUACUAAAAAACCUGAGAUCUCUAUUUCUACUAAAGAUUCUGCUUCUAAGAAGGCGAGCACCACAACUACUACAAGUCCUGUCGAGGAAGACCCCCCUUCUGGCUGUACCUAUGCAUCUAAUGGGACUCUAGUCCGGAAGGAGGACUUGCAAGUAUUUGAAAAGGCCCUACAAGCUAUGACCUCCGCUCCUGCUAGUACCACAAAAUCCAAGAAGUCCAAAAAGUAACCUUCUGGACUGUAUAUCGCUUUCCUCUUCUCACCUAACGGCAUCUUUGAAGGGAGGGUGAUGUCAGGGUCACCAGCAUGCUAUGCGCUAAUUAUGGGUAUUUGGGUCUGGCUGGGUUUGAAUCUGGGUCUCCUGCAUCCCAGUCAGGCACCUUGUCUUUGACUCCACGCAUCUCUAGUUUUUUUUUGUGUGGUUCCUGGGUUCAUGCUGUCUGAAUCUCGUGUUCUGGACAUUUGCACAACUGUUCCUGGUUCCCUGAUGAUUGGCUGAGACUCCCUAUUUAAACCCCGCAAGGCUGGUUCUCGUUGUCAGAUCGUGUUUCCUGUUCCUGUUUGGUUUCACUGCUAUUCAUCUGACUCCUGGUUUUGAUCCCCUGCUUCACUGCUAUUCAUCUGACUCCUGGUUUUGAUCCCCCUGCUCGUCUAUACCCCACUUUCAAUACCUUGGGUUGUCUACUUUUUCAAAUUGUAUGCCAUUAUGGGGGUAAUUCUCAUUCCCGGUCUCAAAGGUAACAUUACUUAACUGGCAACUUUCAGUUUGAAAAUGGAACGUUCUAUAUUUGACCCUGUAACUUUCCAAAACACCAUAAAACCUGUUAAUGGGGGGUACUGUUGUACUCGUGAGACAUUGCUGAUUACAAAUAUGCAGUAAAACCUAACAGUAUUAUGACAUUUACAGCUAAAAUGUCAGACGGAAAUACAUAUUUUAAAAAAAUCUUAUCUUCUCUAUUUUUUUAAAUUUUUAUUCAUAAUAAUUUAUGUCCUAUAUAUGAAUAGUUAAUGAUAAAUUAAAGCCCUGUUUCUCCUGAACAAAAUGAUAUAUAAUAAGUGUGGGUGCACUUAAUGUGACAGCAGUGAAUUACGGUUGAACAGACCUAUAGCGCAAAUUCCAGUUUUUGUUUACGUUUUGUUUUGAUCAGAACGUGCACUAUUCACUCCGUCCUGAAGGGGUUAAUAUUCCCGAUUUGCUGAAGGCCUUUUCACCAGACUGCUAUAAAUCUCAUUUUACACGUCUCUAGCAUCUGUAUUUAGUUAUGAGCCCUGCUGAUAAGUUUAUUAGCUGUAUUAUAGGCUGUGUGUGCAUUGGGAAUGUGUAGUUAUCCUCAACAACACUUCAUCAUUCAAUGUGUCCUUGUACAGAACAAUGCUCAGCAUUGACUAUUCUGUUACACCUCCACUGUAGAUCUCAUCCACAUGUUUCCACUCCCACCCAACAGCAAACGUCUUUAAAAUGAUGAUAACUCAAAGUUGUACAGCACGUUAAACUAAAUGGAUUAAUACACUUGGAUUUAUUUUUUUAAGAGGAUGCCGUUGUCUGGAGAGAAAGGUACAUGGAGACUAAUCAUCAUAACAACAACUGCUCAUGUUUAUUGGUGCUGUCGGGCUUUGGGUGCAAUCCCUCCAUCUUUUGUUUAGCGUUUUUUUUUCCCAUGUAUUUUGACAAAAAAACAUGGGAUUCGAUGGGAAAGUCCCUAUUUUAGGAUCCUGUCCCACCAUUCAUGGGUCAGAACAGUCAUGACAUUCAUUUUCAUUGGGUGGACCCUGCCCUUUUCUGAGCAAAGAAGUUGCCAGUGUAGCAAGUUGUGUCACUGGCCUACAUCCCUUCAGGGCUUGCCCACCUGUCCUGAUUCCAUACCUCUCAAUGUUGGGUGGUACAAGGAUGCACUAUUUUGGUGUUUCAAAUUUUGUGUUAUAGCCCAAUGCUAGCUUGCACACCCAGCAUGCGUCCAAUGUGCACAGUCCAUCCAAACAUUUGGAUGAGUAGAGAGAGUGAAAUUCCUCAUCAUUACAUCAACAGCGGAGUAUGGGCUUGGGGUACCAUGGAACCCACAGUUUUGGUCAAAUCAUCCAAAGCCUAAUAACAGAAUAACCUCUACAAUAUGCUUUACUGGUUGUCUGUAACCAAAACACCACACUACUCAACACAAACACACAUACAAUCCCACAAAGCUUCCAGACACAUUCACAAUACUCUGUCCUGGCCCUUUGAUCCUGUGGUAUUUCACUUGGUGAGACACUAGUGUUACCGGAAAACACAGCAAAAGCCACACAUAGAGAGAUAGACACAAGUUUUAUUCAGGAAGUAACAGGUCUUUUAUUUACACACCGAUCGGGUCUCAGAUGAACUCCUGUUCCAAAAAUAUCUGAGAGGCAGAAAGCAUGGUGCAGAGGCCUUUUGUUAACAGCAUAUCCCCUCCCAUACAGUAUAACCCCUCCUAUAUACUUCAGACCAAUCAGCACACAUGAUAUUCAGGAUCACCUUAUAUGGGCAGACCACAUGGCACUUACAGACAAAGGAAUAUACUAUCCACUUCCGUACAUGCUCAGUACACUGAUAACUCAUUCAACUGUUUGUAAUCAGAUACUAAUUAGCAUAUGCCAUGUGGAGAUUUCGACCUACUAAAUUUUGACUAUGCUGGAAUCCCAGCACACUAGAGGCAUGUCACAAGACAAAAGCAGCACAUGCGUGUCAUUAAAUUUGCUUGUGCUGCACAAAACAAAUAGAGGGACUUUUUCUCAUGCCAGAGCUGUUUAAGUUGAGCUCUGCACAUGGGCUGCCCUGGAAGAGCAUUGAACCAACCUGCUAACUUUGAGCAGGAACAUGCUUGUCAGUUGUGAUUAAACAUGCCCCCAGUCUGGCCCUGCUUGUAACACAUUACAAUAGGCCUUCUGAAAGCAGGUAUUAGUACUUUGCUCAUAUUUUAUGUAUGCACACAUACCAAAUACAGCUGAGCAGUUAAAGGGACGCUGUAGUCACCUAAACAACUUUAGCUUAAUGUAGCAGUUUUAGUGUAUAGAACAUGCCCCUGCAGCCUCACUGCUCAAUCCUCUGCCAUUUAGGAGUUAAAUUCCAUUGUUCAUGAACCCUAGUCAUACCUCCCUGCAUGUGACUUACACAGCCUUCCAUAAACACUUCCUGUUAAGAGAGCCCUAUUAAGGCUUUCUUUAUUGCAAGUUCUGUUUAUUUAAGAUUUUCUUAUCCCCUGCUAUGUUAAUAGCUUGCUAGACCCUGCAAGAGCCUCCUGUAUGUGAUUAAAGUUCAAUUUAGAGAUUGAGAUACAAUUAUUUAAGGUAAAUUACAUCUGUUUGAAAGUGAAACCAGUUUUUUUUUUUUAUUUUUUUUAUUUCAUGCAGGCUCUGUCAAUCAGAGCUAGGGGAGGUGUGGCUAGGGCUGCAUAAACAGAAACAAAGUGAUUUAACUCCUAAAUGACAGUGAAAUUGCAGGUGAAUGAUCUAUACACUAAAACUGCUUUAUUUAAAAAAGUAGUUUAGGUGACUAUAGUGUUUCUUUAAACAUCUCUGGCAAUGAUUUUAUUGUACAAUCAAUGCAAAAUGAGCAGCACAACCAUUAAGAACAAAUACACUUUGUCUAAGUCAAAUGUAUCACCAAGACCUAGAAUAAUUAUAGACACAAAUAAACCAAUGUUUAUUCUAUAGAAACAAAUAAAAAGUAAUAAACAUAAAAUAUCAAAAAUGGUCUGAACCUGCUAUAAAAAAAUUAAAAAUAAUAUAUCUAUCAAUAGACAAACGUAGCCACACAACUUAUGAAUGGUGAAAUAAGUCAGAGACAUACACCCAGACUCUAUGUAAAAAGCAACAAUGUGUCUGAGUGCUUCCCCACCCUAAACCCAGACACAGAUGCAAAUGAAUAGAGGAUACACUGUAACAAAAAAGUUAUACAAAGAGUACCUUUCCUCGGUGUGGGCCCCCCACCAAGGUAUGGGUGAAAAGGCAAAAAAUAAAAAGGACUUGAAAUAAAUGUGGCACGAUCUGUAUCCUUCGAGGUGGUUAACUAAUACACCGUGGUCGGGAUCCUCAAUAAAGACCACGGUGAGAACAGGACACGAUCCCCGCCAAAGCUUGUUACAAUUUCAAUAUCCAGCGAGUUCAUCCAAACGAAAGGGAGACCGCCAAAAUACGAAAUACUUCCUGCUUUCACUCCCAAAAUAGCAACCAAUAACGGCAGGUCCAAAAGUCAGCCUGUCUACGCGUUUUGUCCCUCCCACGGGACUUUAUCAAGACUGAGAGUGAUAUGUGAACAGCCCGUUAUAUAUACCCCACACAAACCGCGGCAAGGAAACCCCGGGCUGGAUUCACAAUCCUAUUCGACCAUAACAAAAAAUAUAUAUAAAUACACAUCAAAUUUAAAUAAAAACAAUUAAAAAUACAUAUAAUAUAUAUAGUAUAUAUGCAUCAUCUUAAUAUUGAACAAACACAAAAAUAUAUAAUAAAUAUAUAUAUAUAUAUAUAUACACACAAACAGUGAACAAAAUUACUGCUGUGUCAAGAGAAAACACAAAUCUCCAAAAGUUAACAAAUAAAUAUAGAGACCCCAAUUGCAGUAUAUGUGACAUUCAAAAUAGUUCUAGCUCCUCAUUUAGGCCAUUAGGUGUCAUAGAAUUGAGCUUAAAGAUCCACAUUGAUUCAGCCUUAAUUAGCUCCCUCUUCCUCUUAGUUUCGUCCUGAUGGGGGGGAUGUGUACUAUUCCCACUAAUUUAAGGCCAACAGGGUUAUUCUCAUGAAAAAUAGCAAAAUGAUCCUUGGUGGCCCGUCAUUAAGUUACUUUUAUUAUUGUUGUAUCACGAUGACCAUUCGGUUCUAGAUGUUUGGCCUUAGGGCUUAUACCUUCUUUGACAGUGUAUAGAUUUUCUGAUUAGUAUCUUGUCCUGGUUUCAUUUAUAUUGGAAUAAAUUGCCUUGGUAUUAUUUGAUAUGUCCAAUAAAACUGUGCAAUCAUUCAUUGUAGUUUAUUUUUUCAUGUUGAUAUAUUUACUUUUUCAUGUUUUUUUUCAUUUUUUUUUAUUAUUUUUUUUAUUGCUUAUUUGUUUUUGGAGCACUAUAAUGAGGAUCCGUAGGUGUUGCAAUCUGUGGAACACGUGAUGUGGUGGGUCUCGAGAGCACGUGCACUUUUCUCCUGACCUUAUUCUUUUUUUGACUCGCACUGCACAUAUUCUCAUUUCUGGGUGAUUGGGUUGGUAUAUGACCCGGGGCUUCCGUAUCUGGUUCCUACAUGGAUGCUGUUUUUGGAACGCAAAUGUGUUUCAUUAUAUACAAUUUUAUAACAUGACAGGAGCCUUCAUAUUUUGCAUAAUCUCUCUUUACUAAAAUUCCAGCAGCACAGAUUUAACAAUAAAGUUUAGUGAAAAAAACAUUGCAACAAGGUAUAAAAGGCCCCUCCCCCCUGUAUCACUUCCUCUUUCUUUUAUGCUCCAGCCAAGGUACAGGUCAGAGUAAUUUGUUCUGAGCAGAUUUUAUUAUGUUUGUGGUAUUGUACUUGGAGUUAGUUUCCUGGAUUACUAUUUAUACUUGUUUGCCCUCCUGUUCCCUCUCCUGUCUUACCCCUUUAUUUCUAUAUCUAUUGAAUGUUUAUUUCCGUUUUUUCUGCUUCUCAGAGCCUGCUCUCCCUGACCGGGUGCAUGAGCCUUAGCUCUGCUAGUUUUUCACUUACUCCCAUUAGUCGCGCACCACAUUUUUUUGCUGCGAUCGCGCAGUUUUUUUGCUCUUUCGAGCGUUUCUGGGGCUAGCCUGAGGGGUACUACGGGUCGGGGGGAGCUUGGGGGACUCCAUUAUGUUCUCCGGCGGGCCGCAAUAUCUGGGCGCGCUGGCAGAAUGGCGCGAUCGGCGGCCAUCUUGAAUCUCACGAGAUUCACAGCGGCCAUCUUAAUUUACCCAGAUCGCGAUUCACACGAUCUGGGCUGUUCUACACGAUUCCUACAGGGUUUUCAAUGCCUGCUAGGAGUUGUGAUAUUCAUGUAAAUAGUGUGUACUGUAUGUGUAAUAGAUGUUUUCACACGGUGUAUAACAUGUACUUUAGAUGGUGUAUAUGAUUGAUCACAUGAUAUGUGUAAUAGAUAAUACAAAUGUGUAUGUAUGUAUAUAUAUAUAUUAUUUAUUUUAUUUAUUUUUUUAUCUAUCUCCGAGUUAGCUUAGCGGGCUAUGCAUCAUCAGGAACUGUUCAUCUCUUGUGGGUGACAGGUUCAAUCCCCAAACUGAGGUAGAUUAAGUGGGAAUAAUUUAUUUGUGUAACCAGAGAAUUUAUUCACUGAUUUUAUACCUUGUGAUUUUUUUCUUAUAAAACAAGGUUUGUAUAAUAGUUAUAUUAUGUAGAUCUGUGUAAUCACAUAAUAGGUAUACAUGUUAUAUCACGAGGAUGCUUUUCCUUAUACUAACAAUGUUCCCAAGGGGUGGAACCCCAUAAUUACUCACUUAUAUAAGUAUAUAUAGUCUCUCACUAUUCCACUUCAAACUGGGCACACUGGGGUGACACCCAGGUGGACUUCCGCAUCCUGAGACUUAUCAAUGAAGGGGUGUUUCCCCUUACUACUGGGUGACCCCCCCCCCCACUCACAGAUGUGCAUUCACCAGCGGCUUACUAUGCACUUUAUUAUUGGGUUGACCCCCCUUACUACUGGGGUGACCCCCCCACUCACAGAUGUGCAUUCACCAAUGGAUAACUAUGCACUUAAUUAUUGGGGUGACCCUUCUUACUAUUGGGGUGACCCCCCCACUCUCAGAUGUGCAUUCCCAAAGGGAUUACUACGCAUACUAUUAUUAUUAUUAUUGGGGUGACCCCAUAUCGCUAGGGUGAACCCCAGCAUAUUUAUUUAUACACGCCAAGUAAAGGCGAGCAGUUUCUAGGGGUGACCCCCUUUAAGCUGGAGUGACCCUCCCCCCCCCACCACCUCAAGCACUCUAUCGUCACUGAGACACUGUAAUAGGGGUAACCCCCUUCUUGGUGCUAUAUAUGGACUGCAUGCCGGAACAAUACCAUACCACUUCAACCUCUAUGAUGCAAUAGGGGACACAUCUAUUCCACGCUGUGAUUCUUGUCUGCAGGUAGCAUUGUCCUCUAGGGUAAACCGGCACAGUCCUUUGGUUUGCAUAUAAUCCAGGCAGUUUUAUUGUUAAACUCACACAGGAGACAGCAGUAAAUGAAACAAACAAUAAUAACACAAAUCCCUAUAAACAAAAGCCUAGCUCGUCUGAGUACUAACUAACAUCAGACUCCCUCUCUCUCAGGGUUUAAACUAGAACAAAAUAAUAUUUGUGUUCACCAACCUAGUGCCUUUGUCAGAUCUCUGCACUCCAAACUCGGUUAGCAUGUGGCUUCCAUUCCUUCUAGAAAUAAACAAAUUUCUCAAUCUUUUCCGCACUCCCAGUGCUCCAAGCCAGCCUUGACUGCUUUCCUUUUGCACUCCCAGUGCUCAGUCUCCUUGACUCUCUCACUGGAGAGAACAGCCUCUCUCCAACCUGCUUCCAGGGAGGAAGCCAGCAAUCCCCCCUUUACCUGCAUAGCAGGGAGGGGUUUAUUCCCACUGCUGCAGCUGAUUACCUGCAGCUGGGCAAUGGGAUGGAGACAGUCCAAAAAACCCUGGCCUGGAUCUAUGUCUCCCAAGAAAACCGCUAAACUGCGGAGUGGAGCAUUGGCCCACCCUGCUCUCCAAAUGCUCCACCCCAGGGGCCCAUAACUAAAUGUUGGUUUGUGUUGCCUACAACACGUACUCCCCCUGGGGUUAAAUGUUAUAGCCCUAUCUGCCUUCACUUUAUCACAACGCGUACUCAGUGGUACUGGACCUAACCUAUUGGGACAUAACUAGGGUGAAUCCCUAACACAGUGUUGAGACUCCUCAUGUCUCCCUAUUUCACAGGGGCUACCACCCCAUUUCAACUCGACAGUUAUUCCUGGUCGCAUAGAGGGUGACCCCUCUUCUGGCUGUCUGCCAUUACUGUCUCAAUUACAGCGGGCUGAAAUUGCCUGCUACCCUGGAUGACCAUCAGUUGUACAUGGAGGCGCACUAUGUGUCCUAACACUUUUACACAUGUACCUAAACCUUAUAUAUAUUCCGCAGACCGAAAAGUUCAACAAGACUCACAUCGUUAGGAACUCGCCCAGUCUCGCACUCAAGACUUUCAGCCUAUGUUAAUGCUGCAGUUGCAGCCUCAGUACAAACGGCAAUCCCCAAGAUGUUGGGUCAGGGUCUUGCAGAGAUGGUGAACCACGGUGCCCCACCAGCCAAUGAAUUUAUGUGCUACAAGGCCCCUAGGCCAAGCACGCAUAAUAAAAGGAUAAGGGAAAGAUACCAUCAUGGAUAAACUCCCCUUUAAAAGGAAGAUUUCUGAGACUCCACGGUCAGAAAACACAUCAAUGCGAACAGAGGACGCAUGUCUCCAACCUGGACCAACGCAAGGGGCAUAUGCUUGCCUCCUUCUCGAUGUUGAGUCCUUGGUCACCGUCGCAUCACGGAGACCUAGGUGACACGCACCUCGCCAACACAGCAGAAUCAAAGGGGUUUCCCGGACCUAUUGACUCAAUUUCUGGACUUUCCACUGCCCCGUCCAUUGUCUUCCAUUUUAUCGACAACCCACAAGAUACCAUCUGAUACUUUGGUGGCUUACGUUCCACUUCAGGACCUUUCGUAUGUCGCGAGGCAUCAUACGAUCCAGAACCAGUCUCGAAAUACACUCGGUUAUGGAUCAUAGAUGUGGUUCUCUAUUCCCUGUGGAUUUGGCCAACUGUUUUGGAUCUUCACUCCAACAAACUCUUGGGGAAGCUCAUACUACUUUCACAUUAUGUGGCGUUGUCUACAACUGUUCGGCCUUCACAAUCGAACCAGCCUCUCCUUUUGUAUACCUUACCUUUUUUUUCAAACCGGUGACGACCACCACUUUAGCUGGGUGGGUACUUUGACUAUUGUUCAUAUGGUUGUGGAGAUCUGUUUUAUCGGUCAUUCGGGGCGCGGAUGCAUCUCUGGCAUCCACGGCGCAUGUUUUCUUCGCCGAUAUUCGUCGGUUUAGUCGCGGGAAGAGACCAUCAGAGUAUUUUACUUUCUCAGACUCUUCACGCAUCUUGUGUUCUUUCCAUAGCGUUAAAAAUGCAAAAUACGACCUCCUGUCAUGUUAUAAAAUUGUAGAUUAUGCUAACGCAGUGUACCUAUAAUCUUAAUUUUAUUAAGGACAGGAGGCGAGUAUUUUCCCACCCUUUUUUCCCCUCCCUAUUUAUUUGAAUCCUUGGUUUGUACUUCAAUAAAGAUCUGAAUUCAGGGGUGUGUGUUUAUUUCAUUAUUAUAAUCUUAAGAUUACGAUUAUUAUCUGCUAUGAUUACUUAUUACAUACAAUUUGACUAUAUAUAUUAAUGUAUAUAUCCUCAACUACCUAUUUCGGUUACAAAAAUGUUAUUGUCUCAUUUGGUAAAUUCCCCCUUUUUUUUGUAAAGCGCUGCGGAAUAAGCUGGCGUUAUAUAAACAGCAAUAAUAAUGAUGAUAAUAAUAAUGACGAACAGUUUGUUUCCAAGUCACUUUCACAUCUUGUUUCUUUUCAGUUUGAUUCUUCUACAUGGAUCAAUACACGGGAUCGUCUUCACACUCUACGACGAUCAUCCAUUCGGGAUUUGGAUCGUUUACAGUCUGAUUCUUCAUUGUUAGCGUUGUUUAUUGUAAUUACAGGAUAUGUUUAUGGUUAUAUCGCAUCAAAGAAAGAGGAAGUGAUAUGGGGGGGGGGGGCUUUUAUACCCUCUUGCAAUGUUUUUUUUCACUAAACUUUGUUGAAUCUGUGCUGCUGGAGUUUUAGUAAAGAGAGAUUAUGCAAAAUACAAAGCCUCCUGUUAUGUUAUAAAAUUGUAUAUAGUCUUUUGUUCUUGUGCCUUCACAGUGCCCUGUAUAACCUGAGCUCGAAGCACCGCGCUGCUCGGUUCUCCUCGUCCAACUCUCGCAUGAUUGCUGUGAUAGUCUCUUCCGGAGGAUCUGGGCCAUACUUAGCUAGCCGCCUCUUUACCUCCUCAAUAUAAGCGUCGCUCUCAUAGCAAUACGUCAUGUUUGCUUGGCACCCGCUCUGGGCCUCUAGCACUCCGAUCCUCGCCCUUGGGAUUCCUCUGUAGACAGGGACGCUGCACGGUAGCUAGCUCUAUCCCUCUACUAUAAAUCCACUGGUAUAGUUUUAAUCGGAAAACUGACUGUGGCAUGUUCUGUGUGGCAAAAUGACGCCCUCAACAGGUAAGAUUUGUGUUUUGUUAAAGUGCCAUGGUGCCAAGUGCUGUGAAGUAAUGUGGAAAUUGUUAUUGAGUGAAGUGCUGUGUGGGCAGUGUGAUGCUGUGGCAAGUGCUGUUGGGUGGUUGACCUUUUUGACAAUUGUGCUGGUGCAUGGUGACUCUGUGGCCAUAUUUUUGCUUGUGGUGUGCCAUAGAAUUCUUGGAAGAGCUUCUAAUUUUGUGCCUUGGGCGAAAAAAAGUCCUGGGCUAUAUAAAAAAAAAAAAAGAAGAAAAAAGAAAAAAGCAGCCUACAAGUGAAAUACAUGGCAAGUAAUAUGGCACUUGCAGAAAAAAAAAAUUAGAAUUUUUUAUAGGACGUGAAGUAGAAAUUACAUCCUUUUAGUCACAUUUGCUGAACUCAAGAGACAUUUAAAAAAACAAGAUUUGAAAUAAAUGCCUAAAAAUGGGUAACAGCGUAAUACACCUCCCUAUUUUUUUUCAGCCCAAAUCCCUCUGUACCCCUUUUCUAUCUUGAGGUCUCUUUUCUAGAAGCUCCAUAUUGUUGUUGUGUCUGAGUCUAUAACAGAACUCCAUCUGUAAAUAAUGUACACUUUUCUUGAUCUAAAUUACAUUUAAUUGCAUGAAUGGUUAUUAGGAAGGUUAGUCACCUGGAAUUUCACAGUACAGGCCACACUACCACUUACAAACCUAAUAUUAACAUAUUUUGUUCAUUUGAAAUGUUGGGUGUAAUCGCUUUUCCCGUUGGUUUAUGCCCUUUCCAGAGCAUCUCAGAAUGCUUUCAUUUGCAUGUGACAUUAGAGUAUACAUUUCCAUAUUUACAUGGAACUGAUCUCCCCCACAAGGACAGUUCAGAUUCAAAAUGCCAGGCAUUAGCUCUUUUGUAUGUCUAAUGUGUUUGAAGCCUCAUUAAUGAGGUAUGGCAGCUGUACAUCAAAGUAUGUUAGGUUCAGACUGUAAGACUCUUACAUAGUUCUUGGCAAUAAAUAUAUACUCGUGGUUUAAAAGGUCAUUCCAAGCACCAGAACCGCUUAUGCUCAUUACUUUAGUAAAUACAUCCUUCUCCCUUCCAUACUUUGUGAAAACCACUUUUAACUAAAAUAAACCACAGGUGGAACUUAUGUUUGCCUGUAGUUGUAGAUUUUUCCACCUUUCAUUCCCAGAUUUUCUUGAAGGUACUGGUGUCACGAUAAUGCAUGAAAGUAUGUACAGAGAUAUUUUUUUUUCAAGCUGGUAGAUUUAUACCACAGCUGCUAAUAACUUUUGGCAGCAGUUACAUCCUCAUUUUCUGAUCAGUGUAGCAACCUUCCCCCAUCAGGGGUGUACAACCCUAAAAUGUGUAAGGGGCCUGGCCCUGUGCUGGAGUCUGCAAGAGUCCUAUAAUGCUAUGUGGUUCUGUUGGCGACUGGACCAUAUUGCAAGAUGCAUAAGUCCCUUCAAAGUACAUGUACAUAUUCUCAUUUAUCUCUAGCACGGCUGCACUGGGAGGAAGUGAUGUCUGUAUUCCACUGCCCAAAUUAAAUUAUAUUAAAUCACUAUUAAGUAAUAAUAUACUAAAUGAAAACAUGCAUAUAUCUAAAAAUACAUUUUUCCAUUGGGGGUAUAGCUAAAAAGAACUUGCAAAAGUUUGUCUCUUGUCUACAGAUUCUGAAAGCCCCCCUUCCUCCCCAGCCCAGUGUUUCUUUGUGUGUCCAAUCACAGACUUCCCAAUGCAGCUCAAUGAGAAGUCUUUGCAAGGUAGGUGCUCUGGGCUAUUGCUGCCUUAUGAGGUUAGCUCCACUGAGCGAUUCAAACCAAAAAGUAACCGUUAUAAUUAACAGCUGAGGGGUGUAAUAAGGUUAACUUAUACAAGUGCCAAUUUCUUUUGAAAUUUUGAAACGUGCACUUUGUAAAACGAAAAAAAGAGGACAAACUCUUCACACAUAUGGCAUUUCAGCAAACUAAAGUGCUUUUGGUGUGCAGAGUGUUCCUCUAACUGCAUUAUUAAAUUUUACAUUCGUAUUGAUGACACUGAAGUGGCGGCCUCUUGAAAAUGUGCUUCCGUUACAAUGGUGCUGAAUUUUUACUUAAAGGACCACUAUAGUGCCAGGAAAACAUACACGUUUUCCUGGCACUAUAGUGCCCUGAGGGUGCCCCCACCCUCAGGGUCCCCCUCCCGCCGGGCUCUAGGGUGAGGAAGGGGUUAAACUUACCUCUUUCUCCAGUGCCGGGCGUGGAGCUCUCCGCCUCCUCUCCUCGGCUGAAUGCGCAUGCGUGGCCAGCCAGUCCAUAGGAAAGCAUUCACAAUGCUUUCCUAUGAACGCUGGCGUCUUCUCACUGUGAAAAUCACAGUGAGAAACACGCAAGCACCUCUAGCGGCUGUCAAUGAGACAGCCACUAGAGGCUGGAUUAACCCUAAUAUAAACAUAGCAGUUUUAUAGAAAAAAGGGUUAACCCUAGCUGGACCUGGCACCCAGACCACUUCAUUAAGGUGAAGUGGUCUGGGUGCCUAUAGUGGUCCUUUAAUCGUUUAAAUUCUCAAUUUUUGAAGAUUAAAAUUUAGAACCACUGGUUGUGUUUCUUGAUUACUAUUUAUCAGCAUCCUGUAAUCAUUAUGUCUUCCUUUUUCACAGAAACAACGGAAAAAGAAGCAGAAGGAGGUCCUUGUAGAGCUGAAUGAUGUGGCUGGUGAGAGGAAAUGAUUAUUCUCUAGAUAUAUUCACAGAAUGAGUUAGAAUUAAUAAUUACUAUCCAACAUAUUCCAACUAUUGAUUAAUUUUGUCUUACAAUAACAUUUCAAUAUAAGAUAAUUUUAGAAGCUGGUAUGUUUGGAUUUUUUUUUUACAUACUUGUUGCAUGUUUGCUUUGUAUUUUGUACCUCUGAUAUGUGCCACUGUCCUAAAAUCCUCCGAAUUAUGCUCAGUUACAUCUUCUGAGUAAAACAAAAUGCCCAAUGGAUAACCUAGACACUAUUUUGUGAAGUUACAUUGCUGUAAAAGAGACGUGAUAAUAUUCGUUUUUUUAAUCGCUUAUAAUUUUUUAUUUUUAAAUGCUUAUUCAAACAACCCCAUAAAGGCAUACCGUUUCUUAAAGAAGACCAUUCAGGGUAUUUCAAAAAGCACACUUUGAACCUUAGCGUUGGAUAAUUUUUCACUAGCUUUUUUUCUACAUUUUUGACUCCCACAGUGAGUUUUUACUGUAUACUUUGCAAAUCUUAAGUGUGCUACGGCAGUAUAAUACUUCAUAUGUUGCUCAGCUAUGUCAUCUGAGUACAGCAAUUCCACCAUAAGUAUAUUUGCCAGGUAUAUGUUGCUGUUGAAGGGGCAAAUUCAGACACAGCCCUUUCAGUAUUUUUUUCAAACUUUUGGACCCCCCUACUCCCUGGCAUGCAAUCAAGGCAUCCACCCCAAUGCAGUGGCGGUACUAAAAUAGAAAGAAUUUUAUUGGGCCCCCCAAUUGCAAGGUUGGACUAAAGGUAAAACCCCAUCUGUCGUUCAACUCCAACAUUGCUUUGACAGCUGGGACUCAACCAAUUUCCAUGUUUGCAGGAUUGUAUUUAGCACUAAGCAGUGCUUAUAUUGAGUAUGUUUGUGUGAAUGUGUUUGUAUGUGGUAUUGGAGUUUGAAUACAAGUGUGCAUUUAUGUGUAAUGUUUGUUUUUGAAUGUAGGGGUAUGUGUGUGUGUGUGUAUAUAUGUGUAUAUAUGUGUAUAUAUAUAUAUAUAUAUAUAUAUAUAUAUAUAUAUAUAUAUAUAUAUAUAUAUAUAUAUAUAUAUAUAUAUAUAUAUAUAUAUAUAUAUAAUUCUGGUGUUCAAUACAGGAGUGUGUUUGUAUGUAGUGUUGAAGUUUGAAUGGAGGGGUGUAUUUGUAUUUAAAGUUGGUGCUCAGACACACAGGUUCACACGCUGUCACACAUGCAGAUACACACACACACACACACACACACACACACUGACUACAUACAGAUACACAGGCACAUACACUGACAGACAUACUGACACACACAUACACUGACAGACGUACUUACACACAGAUACAUAUACUGACACACACAGACACAUACACUGGUAGACACACUGACAGACUGGCACAUAUACAGACAUACUGACACAAACGCGCGCACACACACUGACAGACAUACUCACACAGGCACAUAUACAGACAUACAGACAUACUGACACAGACACACAUAUACUGACAGACACUGACAGUAAUACUGAAACACACAGAUACAAACACUGACAGACAUACCGUGUUUAAAUAGGUAGGUAACCACGCCCCCUAAAUGUUUUCGUUCAAACACCUUGGUAGGCCGUGGCGUUCUUGGCGUUAUGACGUCGGCGCUCAUUAGCCGACUGUGUCAUGCUGUGUGUCUGUGUCAUGUUGUGUCUGUGUGUCUGUGUCAUGUUGUGUCUGUGUGUCUGUGUCAUUGUGUGUCUGUGUCAUGGGGUGUGUGUGUCUGUGUGUAUUUAAAAAGUGUUUUUACUCACUUUUUUUUUUUUUCUCCCCACGCCGUGCUGGUCUACCCUCGACUGGCCCUGCCUCUAUGGCUGAGAUCAUCAAGCUUGAUGAUCUCAGCCAAUCCAAUGCUCUGCCAUAGGAUUUGCUGCAAAGGCCCUGAAUGUAGGUGCUGCACAUUGUGCAAUUACACUGUGCAGCACUGACACAGGAAGCGCCUCUAGUGACUGUCUGAGUGACUGUCACUAGGAAGCAAUGUAAACACUGCCAUUUCUUGGAAAUGUCAGAUUUUACAUUGAAAAUCCUGCAGGGACAGGCUAUGGGCACCAGAACCACUACAUUAAGCUGUGUGUGUGUGCCUGAUAGUGAGUGAGCUUGCUUCUGUGUGUGUGUGUGUGUGUGUGUGUGUGUGUGUGCGCCUGCUAGUGAGUGAGUGAGCUUGUGUUUUUAUGCCAAUGAGCUUAUGUAUAUCAGUGACUUUGUUUGUCUAUGAGGCUGUGUAUCAACAAGCUUGUGUGUGUCAGUGAGAUUGUCUGUCUGUGUCUGUAUAUAUGUGUGUGUGUGUAUAUAUAUAUAUAUAUAUAUAUAUGUGUGUGUGUGUGUGUGUGUGUGUGUGUGUGUGUGUGUAUAUGUAUGUAUGUAUGUGUGUAUAUAUAUAUAUAUAUAUAUAUAUAUAUAUAUAUAUAUAUAUAUAUAUAUAUAUAUAUAUAUAUAUAUAUCUCAACCAUCUGGGGAGGCAAGACAUUGCCUUACAUAUUACAUACGGCAAUAUAUGGCGCAAUGACUUAUGGGGCUGGCGUAGAUUUUUUUUUUUUUUUUCAGGUUUGCUUUGUAUCCCCAGUCCGGCCCUGCUGGGGACAAGCUGAGAGUUGAUAGGAGUGUCCCCAAUACCCUGCAAUGUGACGCCAGCCUGUGACAUGCCCUUGACUGAUACACAAGGUAACCUGACACACAGACAUACUGACACAUACACAGACUGACACACACAUGCACACACACAGACAGACAGACUGGCACACACAUGCACAUACACUGACAUACAUACUGACACACACACAGAUAUACACACACAGACAUACUGACACACAUGUAAAAUGUAAAUUCUUAAACCCACCCUCCAGUUUCCUACCUUUUGCUGGAGGGUGGCUUCCCUGGGUUCCAGUUUGGUGCCUGAGGUUGAUGGGAGUGAGGAGUCUCCAUCAUCACUGCAGCCUCGUGCUCCCUCCCUGGCGGCGACUCCUGCCAGCUUCUGUGCAGCUCCUCUCUGUCACUUCCUCCAAGCCGGCUGACGGAAAGCGCUCUGAGUGACUGACCAAAUGCCAGAACUAUGAGGGUGCUCUAAAAGUGCACUGUAUUGGUACAGAUGAACGAGCUCCCGCACUGGACUUCCAGGGAUCCAGUAAAAUCUCCACUGAAACACCAGGGAAAUUGCUCUCCCUCCACUGGCCCACUAGGAAAGGUAGGCAAGGGGUAGGACAAAACAUACAUACACAACACUAAACUAGAACACACUCUGCUCCUCCCAUAAAGGUCUCCAUUUCCUCCACACACACAAAACGUAGCAACUACACACACUCUCCCACACAGAAUUCUUGGUCAACACGCACGACACUCAUAGAAACACAGCCCAGUGCUCUAGAAGAGUGCUUCAACCUCAAACUCUACCUAGGGCCCUUGACAACCUUAAUCCGGCUCUGGCACUACCAUGUCACUGUUAGCAUUCCAGAGAGUGAUACAUAGUGCUAAAGUAUAAUUUCAAAUACCUUUAUUUUGGAAAUAUAUGAUUUAACUGUGUUUACUGUAUGUGUGCAUUAUGCUUGAAUGCAGACUUUCUUUUUAUUUUCUGUUGCCAUUUUUAAUAAGCUGUACUGCUAGUAAUGCAUACAUGGUCCUUAUAAUUGUCUAUAAUUGUCCAUUUUUAUUUAUCAAUUUUUGUUACACCUACUGUAUGUGAGAAAAAUAGUUUUUUUGCUUUUAUACAUACAUUUCAGAUCCUAUGUGAAAUAUUUCAAGAUAAAGACACUGUAUACUGUUUUAAUCUUUUCAUUUCCCAAACCUUUUUAUAAAGGCUGAGCAAAUAAGAGAAAAGUAAAAAUUGUGUACCUCUACUUAAUUUUAUUUUUUGUUUGUUUGUAAAGCAAUAUAAUCACAAAAAUGUUGUUUAAUAUGUUUAUAUUCUAGCUCUGAAUCCAGAUAGAUGUCAUGCUAAUAUUCUUUCAAUACUCAAGUAUUCAGCAUAGUAUAUUGUUCUUGUCAUUCAAGUAGUUAGAACAUGUUUUGGUUGGUAAACGCCAAGAGGGACAAUACAAAAAAUUAUUUUGGAAAGUGAUUUAUUUUAUUUAUUUUUUUUGUUUGUCAUCUUUAGACCAAAGUCAUGGACUUAAGGACUUGCUCCAGAAGAUCACUGAACAUGAGCAGGAAAUUAAAGCGAUCCUUCAAAAACAUGAGGAAGAGAAGACAACACUAUCAGAAGCCCAUAAAAUUGAUAUGGAAACUCGAACACAGGAAUUAAUGAAACAGGUAUGGUGGGAACAUCAAAACUACUAAUGUGUAUAGUAAGCCUCAAGCUUAAUCAGUGUGUUUGAUACAAUUGUGGUCUAUUCACCAAACAGUGAAUUGUGAUGACUUGAAAAUUGACUUGUGCAGAUAAAGCUAAAUUAACAGACUUGCAAGAAAUAUCUAACGGAGAAUUUCUACACCUCCGAUCUUUUAGCAUACAUUUUUAAAGUUAAUUAUCGAUUUCAAAUUCAUCAUUUAGAAAGUGUACUGGAUAACAUGUUUUCACCUUUUUCUGCCUUUUCUCCUUGAUCAUAUUACAUUAUAGUAAAUAUGUUUAACGUAACAAGAAACUCGUGAACUUUGAGUUGCUCUGUAACAUGAAACUAACUCCUAUAUUGUGUUUCUGGGUGUGUUAAAUAGAAUUAUUAUAUACAUACACUAACAAAGAAUGUUUCUAUGAUGUUAGUAGUGCUUGCUCCUUUACAUUGUAGAUUGUCACUGAUGGCUGGAUUUAGGGUCACUUUGUCCCAGAUUAUUUUGUUAUGAUACAGUGUCUUUAAUUAUUUCUCCACUUUGAUGUGCUAUUACUGGGUCGCCGUAAAUCCUGUCAACGUGGAUGUUAUCUCACAGCUAUGUACAAUAUGAAUAAUUGUUACUAUGCUAUGUUUAAAUGUGCUAGAAAGAAGGGCUGAAGAAAUCUAUCUUUAUCAGUGGCUGCAGAAUUUAUCAAAGGUCAUGCACAAUGCGUAGUGGGAUCCGUGCAUUACAUAUAACACCAGACAACUGGCCUACAUAUAAACAUUUAUAUCAAAUGAAUAACCAGAAUUAAGACCGCUGUUUUUAUAGGUAAUAUACCUACACUGUCAGUGCAUCGCUAUAGCUCAGUUUUGGCAGACCCUACUAAUCUACUGUUGUUAACAGGACGUAUAGCCCACUAGAUUGGACCUUUUAGUUCUCCCUACUUUAAAUGCGCAUUAGGAGUCUAAUGUAGCCUCUAUUUUUCUUAGUUGGUGUGCACAGAAUUUUCCUCUUGUGCAAAAUGUUUUCCUGAUCCAAAAUAUUUUGGACACUGAAUGUUUGUGAGAAUGUAAAAUUAUUUUUUGAUAAUCUUCAUACAGCCUCUCUAAUAUAGUUAAUAACACUACUUGACAGUAUUACUACAUGCUAAUGUAGUAUUAGCAGUGGCGGAUCCAGGGGGGAGAAGGGGCAAUGGGGCAAUUGAUCUAAUGGGACACACUCUCACUAAUUUGAAACACACUCGCUGACAGACACACACACACACACACACACACACUGAAAGACACACUCACAUAUUGACACAUUCUUGCACACACACUCAGAAAUAAAUUUUAUUUUAUUUUUUUUAGGCCCAUCCAGGUUCGCCUACCUUUAGUAGAGCUGGUGUGGUUCCUCUCCCUGGUGUUCAUUGGGGAUAUUCUCCCUGGGGGCCAGCAGGAAAUGGAACUUCUCCCUACAGUCUUCCAGUUAUUCAAUGCUCCAUCACGUGCACCCUCUGUAGUAAUUUUGGGGCCAGAGUAACAUCAUGUUCUGGCUUCCUGCAUCACUGCAAAGGGCAUGCGAAGGAGCAGUGAAGAACUGGAAACACAUUAUCAGCGCUUCCUCACCACCGCCUUCUAUUCUCUGUAUAUUUUGGCAAAGUAGGCUCCUGCCACCUAGUGUAAGCAGGUGCCUACUCUGCAUUACUGACUUAGUGCCCACUUCCUGGGUGCCCUAAGGUGGCCAGCCAGCCACCUCAUGGGCUUCCAAUGUUGGCCAGUAAAGGUGGAGGAUGCUGCAAGGCCCACCUGCCGGUGGGUAAUAGUUUUUUUUUUAGAAAUAAAUCUGCAAACUCUUUGUGCGCAAACUCUUACCCUGCGUGUGCUCCUUCAAAAAGGUGUGCGCACGCACACCUUAGAGGGAACAGUGAUUAGGACCACUAAAUUUUAUUCUUUUUAUUACUUUUUUAGGUAGAAACUAUUGUUGAGAUAUAUGUAUCAGGCAUAAUCACUUAUCUAAAAGUCUGGUUAAGGCAUCAAGUACACAAAACAUAUAUAUAUAUAUAUAUUUUUUAAAUUAUCUUUAUCUGCGUUAUGCGUCUUUUACAUAGCUCUGUUCCCCAGCUCUGGUUAUUUUUAGCAUCUAUUGAUAUGAUUUGAAGUUCUAACCAAACUUACCUUUGGUCUCUCAUAAAGUAUUUAAAGAGGCUCUGUCAACCUAUGGGUUUAAAGUGCAGUCUCUCAGCAUUAAUUUGAGGGUAUUCACAUCCACAUUGAAGUGAGGGUUAAGGAAUUGUAACGCUUUAAUUUGUAGCCCCCUCUUUCUCAAGGGACAAAAAGUAAUUGAACAAUUGACCCAAAACCUGUUUUAUGGACAGAUGAGGGCUGUUCCUUCAUUAUUUCUUCACCAUUAUUUCUUAUGCCUGUCAGUUCAGGCAGUCCCCCUGCAGGCAGCACUAUGGAGGCCUAUUGCAGCCAUGUGACCGCUCUUUCAGAGCGAUUGCAUGGCCUGUGGGGUCUUAAUUUGCCAAGGGGGGACUGUUUGGGCUGUCUGACAGUCCCCCCAGUUGGAGAGGAGUACAGAUCGCGGGGGAACUGCGGCGAUCUGCGGUAAGUAAUCCGCGGUAAGUAAUUAAGAAUACCGCGGCCGUACUAGGUACAUCCGCUGUCCUGGGGGUGGGAGGGGUUUAAUACUUGUAUGUUUAUUUUUUUUUCGCACGCAGGCAGAGCAUCGGAAGCCUGUCUGUUGGCUAUCAAUGCUCUGCUACACUGCCACGUGAGGUGCCAGGUAAGGGAUCAUCCGGCGGCCCGGCAAUCAAGGGGGAUAUUGCAGGAUGCCUCGACAUCGAGGCAUCGCUGCAAUACCGUUAGAGUGGCUGGAAGCAUUCACAUUUGCCGCCGACCUACCAGAUAUGUCCGGGGUGGUUAACGGCCAUUUUUUGACGGAUGUACCUGGUACGUCUGCGGUCACUAAGGGGUUAAUGAAAUUAGAAUGCAAGGAUCAAUACAAACUGAUCUUUUGAAACGAACUGUUACAGGAAUCUAUUUCCCCUGAAUAAAAGCUGGAAAGUACUCAACUUCCACUGUAAAUUGUAGGCCAAUCUUUCAUUCAUUCGCAUAUUAAAAUCUAUUCUUCAGUAUUGGCAAACAGAUUAAAAGCCUUAAUACCAUUCCUAGAUCAAAUUAGGAAUGGUAUCGAUUGCUGGAUUUAAUUGACUAUUUGGUCAGGACCAGUGAUUUCCUGCUGACCCUGUAAAUGAUGCUGAGAAGGCAUUUGACAAGAUCACUUGGGGAUUCAUGGCUAAGACCAUGGAGAAAUUUGAAUUCAACAAUCCAAUAAGGUCGGCCAUAAUGGCUCUUUAUGUCGACCCGACACCCAGGCAUCUCUGCCAAAUUUCAAAACGACACUGGCCCCUUUGCUGUGUGUUCUGACUCUGGAGCCUUUCACUGCUAAUGUAAGAGCUAAUUACCAAAUGGAGAGUGUUUCAUUAGAAGACACCUAUUAUAGAGUCUAUAUACAGACAACAUCAUCCUCACUUUGACAAACCCAGUAGCCUUGUUGGCCUCCUUGGUUCCAGAGAUCGAAAGGUAUAGUGAAGUGUCAAACUACAAGGUAAAUAUGGGGAAAUGCCAAAUAAUGCCCAUCAAUCUGAGUUCUACUGUAAUGGAAACUCUUAAACAAGUCUGUCUUUUUAUAUCGUCCUCUGAUGGGUUUAUAUACUUAUUUUUCUCAAAAUCUAACUGAAAUGUGCACAAAAAAAUGUUGAAAUCCUAUUCAAAGAUACCAGUGAAAAACUAUUGAAAGAAUGGAACUAUAUUGGUAUAUCCUUGCUGGGAAGAAUAAAUAUUAUCAAAUCAUAUUUCCUUUAGAAAUGGUCUUACAUUUAUAGGAUGUUAACAUUAUCUAUACCUAUAAUGAGACAACAUUUUUAUGAACUAUAUUUGGGAUUCUAAGAGACCUAUAAUUUCAGCCUCACAUCUAAUAAAGGGGGUCUGACUAUUCCAAACAUGAUUAGAUAUUAUGAAGCCAGUAAGAUGUUCCAUCUACAAAGGUGACAGGCUUCGGAAUCCGUCGACAAAUAGGCUAGAAACUGGUAUAAAGUAGUUUCUAGCCUAUUAAAAGUUAAGAACCUUUGUACUCUGAUUUGGCUUGAUGAAAGAGCAAGUAUCAAGCUUUUAGCCUCAAUUGUGAACAUCUAUCUAAAAACUUUGUUAUAGCUGGUUUAAAUUUAAAAAAUAAAUAUAAGAUUCAAGAUAAAAUAUCUAAAGGAAGUCCUAUUGCUGCAAUUGAAUAUAACAUAUCUGAUUUAUAUUUAAAAAAAAAAAAAAAAAACUAGCUUAGAAUUAAUACUCUGACAACUUCAGAUCUUAUAAAUCAAGGAGAGGCAACCCUUGGCACUCCAGAUGUUUUGGACUACACCUACCAUGAUGCUUUGCUAGCAUUAAGGCUGUGAGAGCAUUGUGGAAGAUGUAUUCCCCAACAUCUGGAGUGCAGAAGGUUGCCCAUUUAUGUUCUAGAUCAGGGGUUCUCAACCCAGUCCUCAGGACCCCCUACCAGUCCAGGAUUUGGGGAUUACCUGGGUGUGUCUCAGGUGUUUAGAAAAAGGGAAAAAAAACACCUUAGAUUCUAAGGUGUUUUUUUUUCUUUUUCUAAACACCUGAGACACACCCAGGUAAUCCCUAAACCCUGGACUGGUAGGGGGUCCUGAGGACUAACGUUGAGAACCCCUGUUCUAGAUGAUCAUAAAAUAAAGUCCUUUGCACAACUGCAGCAGACCCAUAAUAUACCUUCAAAAGAGAUUUUUACUUAUCUUAGACUAAAAAAAUUAUAUAGGAAACCAUAUUCGUAAUGACGAUAAUGCUAUCCUAAAUGAAAAAAAAAAAAACAAUUUGGGAAGGAUUUGAACUGUAAAACCAUACCUUUCUGUUAUGAUAUCCUGAGGUUAGAGGAUAAAGAUCUAAAACCCCAAACUUGGAAAAACUGGGAUAAAGAACUUGGCGCUCCCAUACAAAUUGAUCAAUGUUAUAAAUUUAUAUUAGUAGACAAACAAUCACCAUAUUGUUUGUACCUUAUCGAACUUCAUUAUGAAAUACUCCAUCAGUGGCAUUUGGUUCCUAAAAUUAUGAAUAAAAUAAAUCCAGCAGACUCCCCAUUAUGCUGGAGGCGCAAACGAGGUAAGGGUAGUACGAAGCAUAUAUGGUGGGACUGCCAUCUCUUAAAACCCUCUAGGGAGUGGGAUAUUAAAAGAACUAGCUGCAUUAGUUGGUCAUGAUUUAGGGAAUAAUCUCCAAGUUGUUAUCUUCUAAUUUAAUCUGUCUGGUUUAACGUCUCAAAAAAGAUAUUUACUAGUUCAACUGACUAUGGCUGCUAAAGUUGCAAUAUCUAGUUAUUGGUUAAAACCAGAAAUUCCCUCUUGGGCAUACAUAUUAAAUAAACUAAAAUACCAGUACACUAUGGAAAAAGGAAUAGAUUGUUAGAAUGAUUGGUACGAAAAAAGAUGGCAUCCCUGGCUUGGCACUUUAAAAAAAAAAAAAAACAAACAGAUUUUUUUGCCCUUUAAAAAUACUACUUAUCACCGAGCAUAGUAAAACUCAAAACAGAGGAUGCCAGAAAGAUGGAUAAACCUUCUGCCCUGCUACUCAACAUCACUACAAACUACAAUACGUUUUGGGACCUGUAGCACCUCGAGUUCCCCCUACCCACAUAGGGACCUGGGUCCAGCAAGUCACCCAACCUCCCCAGUCAUUCACUCACCCUUCCUCCCCCCGCCCCAUCCCACAGCAACCCCCGCCCCCCUUUUUUUUCUCUUCCUCCUUUAGUUCCCUGGAUAUUUUCAAGGCACUAUUGGAAUAUAUCCCCCCAAAAAACAUAGGCACUCUCGAGAUGUAGGGAUAACGCAUCCUCGACUCAGUGUUGCUUAGACCAAACUGGACAACGACACCUAUGUUUCAUCCAUUCAGAUGCUCUGUAUAACUUAAAUGCUAGAUAAUGUUGGACUUGUAGGCUACUAUGUUUCCCCUCUUACAUUAUGUACUGAUGUUGAAACCAUACAUGUAACGGAAUAAUGACAAUGUAUUCCUUGUCACCAUGCGCCUUUGUAUACCGCAUCACCCCGAUUUGCACGUGUUACUUCACGUCAUGUACCCUUUAACACCUACAAUUGUAAGUUACUACAUUAUACUAUUACCAUGUUUUUACCCUGUCGUAAAAAGAAACAAAAAUACUUUAUAAAUAAUUCCAAUAAAAAAAUACUACCUUUAACUUUAAAGAACUAAAAUAAUAUGCUCAGAUUAUUGUCCUAAAAUAACAUACAAUAAACAAUUGCCUAGCCUCAUUUUUCUAAAUUAUAGUCACUAUUUCUCCCUUAUUUCAAAAAAUUUCUGACUUUAACCCUCAUGGAUACAUUGAUCAAAUAAAGAAUGCAAUUUACAAAGAUGAAAACUUAUUGAGUGGUGCAUGAUAGGUUAGUGUCGGCAAGGAGAAUGCAUGGGUGCUGACAAUAAAAAUUCCCCCUGCUUUCAGAUGCAUUCGUAGAACAUGCUACUGAUGAUUAUCUGGUAUGCUUUUUUUAUUCAUGAGAAAUUUGACUUUGUGCUGGUUACCAACAUGUACAACAGUAACAAUCCUAUUACUGAUAAUCCUGAGAGACAGGAAAAACCUGGAGGAUUUAAAUCCAAGCAAACGGACAGUGAAAGAAACAGGAAUGUAACUAGCUGUCAUAGGUGCAAAAACAUAUACUGAAAUGAAAUUUCACCCAGUUUCACCUGUGCACAAUUCUGACAGAAUUGUUAAAAACAUUGUUCAACAGUAUAAAUGCAUACUCAAUGCAGUGUACAGAAAUACACUCUCAGAUGCAUUCAUACAAGCACACACACAUACUCAUUCACAGAUACAUACAGAGGCCCUACCUACAGACUAACACAAACAGAUACACACAUACAGAAAAAUGGCCAGAUGAAAAUCUACAGAUGCACAGAUGCGCAGUCACACAUGUAAACACAAAAUCACUCAAACACACUGUUACGGUUGCCCCAGGCUAGCUGAGGAUUACGGUUGCCCCGCCUAAAUGUCCUUGUCCCUGAGCUUGGAGAGCGGUGAAAGGUUUCACUUCAGCAACUACUGAUAUCCCUGGAAAUGUAGAAGAUGCUUGGAGCUCUGAGCAGAGCUAGUGAUUAGCAUUUCCCUACAACACGAGUCAAGGCUGCGAGUUUAGGGUAAGAAGACUGGUUUAUUGAACAUUUCUUUUAUACACAUUUUCAGGCCAGAGGCACACCCCUCUGGACCUGAUGGAACACAGGGACAUAAGGAACAUAAACCAAUCACAAUAAAGUGCAUCUUUCAGAACCCUCCCCUCUAUCCUCGAGAUAAUUGGCUUAAGUGACCGUAGUAACUUAAUUAUCUCCAGGUACAGAAAAUAUUUUUAAGUUGAAAUUGUAACAAAAACCACAUAAAAAUACAUAACUCAUAUUAUACAAUAUUCAACCCCUAUGUUCAACAUAUCCUUGGAUAGUUUGGAUCAGAACGCUCAAUAGGUCCGAAAAGUGCUCAGAUCUCACGAAUACAGUUGGUUAAAGUUUUUCUCAACGGCCUACCGGCAUAAUUCAGCCCCGGAUUAGUUCCACGAUUUUUAGUCAUAAGGUCGAUCUAGUUUCUGUAGUAUGAAAGGGCCGAACGGCGCUGCGUUUGUAUGUUUAGAAACGAACGGAUGAAAGUCUGGAGGUCCCAGCGGGGUUCGUGUAAAAUAGUGGCUGAAAACAGUAAAAUGCGGUUGACGGAAAAACCUCGCUGGGCUUUCGGCAGUUAAAGAUGACAGCCUCCACGUGUUUGUUCAUACGAACAAUGACCACCCAACCGUUCGUCAAUUAAGCUGCGGUUAACCGCAAACCACAGCUUCUGGGUGGCUAAUAAGUGGCACACUCCCCGUGCAGGGUGGUCGGUCGUUCUGCAUUUUGUUAGGUGGUUUGGAGGUGAAAAGGGUUAAAAAGGCAAACCGCAGCUACUGGGGUACUAAUAGGCGGCACAUUCCAUAUGCCGGGUGGUCGGUCAUUCAUUCAUACGAAAUAUGGUGAAUUUAUUUUGUGGUUUAUUUAGAGGAAAGGAACAUACACAUUGUAACAAGCGGCAGAUUUGUAACAUACACAAAUACGCAGCCAUACAUUUCAGACACACAUUACACAUACAUAUGCACACAAGCUGAGAGAUCAUCAUUCAUGAUUAUGUGAUUAUCUAUAAUUUAACCAGUGCUUCUCAGAAGCAUUAGGGACCUAUAGCACAUGGCUGGCAAAUGCCACUCUGAGCCACCCAGAUGCUUCAUGAAAAACAUUAAAUCAAAUGCUUCUCUAUAGAAAACAUUAAGUGUUCAGCCUCAACAUACUGGAUAUGAUGAAGCCAAAUGUGCACUCAUUUCUUGGAGAGUGUAAGGGCAUUCUUUGGUUGACAACCUUACAGCCACUAGAGGCAUGUACACUUACAAAAUCAAAUAUUUCUGUUUCUAAGAAAUGACAAUUGUUUACAUGUGUGCCAUCAUAGUUUUGGCCAUGUAAAAACCCUGGAGUCUUAUGUUUUAAAUUAAAUGUGGCAGUAUAAGUACUAUCACCACUAUAGAACACUGUCCUAGUGUUGGUGCUAGGUUAUCCCUGAAGAUGCAAGAACAAUUUAAUAUGGGCUUAUCUGCAUAUAUGUUACCAUGGGACAGAUUAGAGUUGAAGAUUGGAGUCAUAUUUGCAACAAAACAGAGCUUGCCAUUAAAGAUUAAUACACCAUAUUAUAAUACUCAGAUCAGUGGUUCAUUUUAUCCAAGCCUAACGAUUAUUGAGUCUCCCCCUCACACAUCAAGAAAAUAGUUAUGUGGAAAUACAUUUCUGCUUACUGACUGUCUUAAUAUUUGACUGUAGAAAUAUACUUAAUCUAAUUACCCUAUUCUGUUUGUAUGUAAUUGCCAAUUGACCUUUCUAUCUGGUAUCUAACUAUACUAAAUACCUAUAUAAUAUGUUCAUUUUUUUUAAUUCUUAUUAUUAACAAAGCAGUGCAUGAGGGGUGUGAUUACAGAAAUAAAUCAGAGUUUGGAAUGCUCGGCAAACUGGAACAUUGUCUUACAUCCAAAUUUAUUAAACAAAAUAAAAUAUUUGCUUACGGAUAGUAUUGUUUAAGACCAUUUUCAAUGUUACCCGAAAGUGAACUUUCAAGUUAUUUCAAGGAGAGCAUAUUGUACACAAGUGUUUUAAUGUGAGCUGUAACAUGUACAGAACGAGUAUGAGAUGAUGACGUGCCAUUAAUUGUUACUGUGAUAUGAGAAAGUUUUUUAAAACUGAAACAUCAAAAGGGAUCUGUCAUCGUGUCUUUUUAUAUACACAAGCUGACUUUGAAUAGAACCAUUGUCUGUUUAUCUAUGACUUGUUAGAAACAUUACGCAUCAAACUAGAUCUAGAAUGACUAUGCAUAUAUUGAUUUACGUGUGUGUAUUUAUUUUUAGUGUGGCUUACAAUGAAGAAUACUUUGCAAUGUUUUUGUUAGGGAGAACAUUUGUUUCACAUAAUUGAUUUUUUUUUUUUUUUUUAAAUUAAUGGAUACAUUUAAAAAAAAAAAAUGACAACCCAUUUGCAGUUUUUAUAUUGUUUGUUUGUUGGAUAUUCAAUGAAUUUUGUUUUUCAGGCCCAAAAAGAUGCUGAUGUUAGGAUAGAAACGUAUCUUUCAGAGCACACUUUGACCAUGAAGAGAGAACUGGAUGAGAAAUGUGCAGGUAAAUAAAGAAAUAUGCUAGUAGUAUUUUAAUAAAUCUUCUUGUUUACAUUAUGAUAGAAAAGUGAUUCUUAUUUGGGAAUAGGAUCUGUAUUAAUUUACCUGAUAUUCACAAAAUCUAAUUAUCGAAAUACCAAAUGGCUUCUUAGUUGUCUUGAGAAAUUUGAUCAACAGCUGCUGUGGUGAUGGCUAACCAUGAUUGGCUUAGAUAAAUCAUAUGAUACUAAUAACAUCUUGUCUAUAAGGAAGGUCAUGAGAGAAUGGCCAGAGCUUACGACAAAUACUUAAAUAACAAGUAUUUAAAAUAGAGGUGUGAAAAAGAGCAUCUCUCUUUAUAUGAAUGGCGUGCACACAACAUAAAGCUAAUGGAAAUCAUCAUCAAAACUGACAAAUUGCCAUUGAAACCACAAUCCUUUGAAAGGGCAUAGUUUGGAACAACAGUUGGACGCUAACAUGUAUAAGUUAGUUGACAUCAAUGUAAAAUAGCAUUUACUUGCAGGGGAUUCCUGACAAAUAAGCUUUCAACACCAUGGAUAUUUUACACAACUAAUUCCAUCUGCCCCAGACAUGUUAGUGAUAGACCAUAUUAAUAGUAAAAGCAAAGCAUCCAUCAGAUAUUUCUGCUGCAAGUUCAUUUUUACCAAGGAAGUAUAAGCUCAUGACAUCCAGAUGAAGGAGCUACCACCUGCUACUCUCACUUGCAGAUGUUCAGAUAUAUCCCCAGUGAUCAUGGGCCUUAGAUGCACAUUCGCUACCUUCACCUCAGCACAACAUGAAACUGCAUCUUCUUUACUGAUGCAUCCCAAGAGUCUAAUUGAGAUGAGCAUCAGCAUCACUACUGCCAUAAGCUGUAAGAAGGAAUUAAAACCCUAAACAUGUCAAUGUGCCCUUACAAGUACCUUACCUGGCUCUGAUCAAAUAAUUUACCUUUGUAACUUGAACUUUAAAGGUAGGAUAUGCUAUGUGUAUCCAGUUUUGUUUCAAGGAUACUAAUUGUCAACGUGGGCCCUUUACUCUGGCUAAUAUCUUCUAUAGCAGAUACCUGUUGGUCUGCUAUAUACACUAAUAUAUACAAAGCCAAAAAUAUUUAUCUAUUGUUUUGUUAUUGGUGUAAAUAGCCUAAUUUACAGGUAAUGCAUACUGCCAGAUAUGCCCUUACUGGUUGCAUUUUGUAUUUUAUUCUUCUACCCACUUCCCAAAAUAAAUACCCCAGAGUCUCUUGGUGUAUUUGUUUACUAUUGUGGGAGACCUCAGAAAAGUUACUUAUUUAGAUUUAGCUAUAAGAGGUAAACUUUUAAUGGGAGAACGGUUAUCCAGCUACCAUAGUUAACGUCAUAUCUUGUAAUAGAAUCCAUUUCUUAGUUUGCAAACACAUAUCUUUCAUUCUAAGGGCUAGAGUCUAUCAUAAGAGAUAAGCUUAUCUCUGGUAACUAAGUAGAUUCUUUCCCAUAGAUGUCAAUAGGUGAACUGAUAACUAGUUACCAGAGUUAAGUUUACCUCUUACAGUAUAAUCCAGCCCUGCAAAAAACCCUGAGGGCUCUGAUCUGAAUUUGCUCUUUGAUGUCUUCUAUAUAAUAGUUAAUGGCUAUUUCCCUAGUACAGAACACUGUAACAUUUUAGCCAAAACUUUCUUUCUAAGGUGGACACUAUGGACUCCACUUUAGAUACAACUACAUGGAAAACCAUGCAGAGCUAAGGAAACCACAAAACAUGGAUUUAACGUUGUAAUAACCUAUAUGAUGAUGGGUGAAGAUUAAAUUCCAUAGCAAGAGACUGCUACUUUUUAUAUCACCAUUUACAACAUGUACUUUACAACAGAUCUUUUUUUUUGGUCCCAGAGAAGGGCUAGAUCAGUGACAAGGCAGUGUAGGUAACUGUCCAGGACCAGCCUCGCUAAAAGGAGCCCUGCUGAAAAGUAAAGCUACGGUCUGAUUACGGGAAAUUGAUCAUUUUAACACCACAUAUGUUGUUCCUGCAGUGUGAGCAGUGAGAUCACUUCCCCUUUAUUUCUAUAUCAGUAAAUGGAACUUGGCUGUCUGGGGAAAGUUGGCAAAAAUCAUAAGCAUCUUUACAGUACUCCUACAAUAAGAGCCUUCUAGAUGGAUCCCACAGGUGGGAAGAGACAUGGGCACUGUUAAAAAAACAAAGCCAACCGCUAUGGGGUUCCUAUCUCGCCCUCUUUCAGCCUGGACUGCCACUUGCGAGUCUCUGAGUCAUGAGAAAAAUGAGAGAAGGAAGGGGUAGAAGAAAUAGGGUGUAUGUGCAUAUGUACCUGUAUCGUGUGUGUUUGCAAGUUUGCUCAUUCAUGGUUGUGUGUAUGUAUAAACCUUUCUCUGUAUGGUGAGUGUGUGUGUGUGUUUUAGCUCAUUUUGCUUGGAUACUGAUCACAGGUCCCAGGAGUGGCCAUAUUUGUUUACAGCAUUUUUAUUAGAGGUAAAGUGAAUGAAUUAUAUUUGAUAGGUCUUGGGUGGAUAUUCAUUCUGUUGAAUCCAUCCAUUCUGGCUGUUCUGGAGGCAGUGUGGGUUCAUCAAAGUUGUUUAUUGGUGAACCUGAUGAAGUGGUCACUCACAGGGUUAUUCACUAAACUGUGAAUUGUCAGGAAUGUGUUUGAAUAGAUAUAAAGUAUUAAUUUUCUAUUAAAAAAUGUUUUGGCACAAACAUUUAAUAAAUUCAAAAGUGAGAUGCCAACCUUAUGGGAUCUUCAUCUAAGCUAAAUGAAACCAUUCCAAGUGUUGCGAUAUAUAUCUUAUGUCUAUGUUUCACAUGUUGGUAACACUAUAGCUACAGCAGAAACACAAUACUAUAAAUGUCAAGUAGGAAACUGUAUAUCACAACUGAGUGUAUUUGUUUGUGUUUAAUUUUGUAUUGUUUCCAUCUUCUUAGAAUUGCAGAAAUCUCAUGACCAGGAGAAGUCUCUGCUGAAAGAAACAUAUGAAGAAAUAACCAGUGCUCUUCAGGUCUGUUCUUGUCUCAUGUUUCUGCUGAAGUAAACAAUUAUCUGUUUUCUGGCAUACUAAUUCCCAUAGAAGAAAUGGAAUUCUUUUUUAGUACAUUAUGUGUGUCUUGUGUAUGUGUUCAACCCACACGUUUUAUCUGAUAAAGUAGAAUUUUGCAUAAAUAUACAGAUGACAAGGAAAAAGAAGUCAGGAUCAGGGUGGAAGAGAACGUUAGCUUAAAGGAGUAGUUCUUGUGAAAAGAGCCUGUCCCUGCAGUCACAACAAUGCAAAUACUGUUUUUUCUGAGAAAAAAGUAGUGUUUACAUUAGUUCAUUGUAUGGAGGUAUGUAAGUAAUAGAGAAAAGUGAUGUUGGUUAGAAAGUAAUAGUAAAAUUCUAAGUGUCAAGGAGUGUUUCUUGAGUUGUGUCCAAGAGAGUUUGAGAGUUAGUCCCAGAGUGUCCUGAAUAUCUGUCCUGGAUCUCUCUGAAUGUCCAAAUCUGAAUGCCCACACUAACCUUCUCUCUUCCCUUUGUCCUAACUUUUAAAGGGCCAGACUCUCUCUACGUCAUUAGUUGAUAAGGCGAAUAGGAAACUGUAGGUGUGGUAAACCUGCAGAUCGCAAUUUAGAUAUUUGAUCCAUAGAGGGCAAUCUCGCCUCACUAAACCUUCCUAUCCAGGAAAGAGUUAACUUUUCCUGAUGAUUUUGACUACAUUUGGCUUAUCUAAAAUGACUACCAUAACUUACAUUUGCUGUCAGUUCAAAGCGUUUGCCUCAGUCUUUGUGGCAACGACUUUGAUCGCAAUUUCUAAAAUUGACAGUUCUAAACUCAAUUUCACCCCUUGCGUACAAUGGGACCUUGUAAGAUUUAGAAAGUAAAAUUAAUUACUUAGUCUUCUCUGUCACUAGUGUCUGUGUUUAAAAUUAUUUCUAUUCCAUUAACAUUUAAACAGAGCAUUCCAUCCCCCUGCUUCAUUGCUUAUAAUUUGGCUAGUUACAGAAAGGAAAGAAAUUUUGUGUCUGUCUUGCCUGAAAUCCAAAAUGGAGUCCGCUCUGUUCUGAGUGACUCUGGCAAUACACACUUUUAAUUUCUAUCUUAGCACAAACUGUCUGCCGAUAUAAAUAUCCUGACAGGACGUACCUACUAAGUCCGAGGUAUUCCUAAUUACUUACCCGAUCGGUGUUCCUCUCCGUCUGGUUAGACUGUUUGACAGCCCAGGCAAUCCCCCCUCAGCAAAUUGGGACCCCAUGGGCCAUGAGAUCACUCUGAAAGAGCGGUCACAUGGCUGCAAUAGGCAGUCUCCCUGCUGGUGAAAAAAGUUAAAAAUAAGUUUAAAAAAAAAUAAAGUGAAUAAAUAUAAAAAAAAUAUAUAUAUCUUAUAUACACCCUGUUCCAAAUUAUUAUGCAAAUUCUAUUUAAGUGUCACAGAGAUUAAAUAUUUACUUUUUCCAGUUUAACUCAUGGAUGGCAUUGUAUCUCAGGGCUCUUUUGAUCACUGAAAACAAUCUCGGACACCUGUGAUAAUUAGAUUGCCAGGUGAGUCCAAUUUAAGGAAAAACUACUAAAGGAGGGUGUUCCACAUUAUUCACCAUUAUGCACCAUUUUCAUGCAAUAUGGAGAAGAAAAAGGAUCUAUCUGCUGCCGAAAAGAGUGCAUUAGUUAAAUGCCUUGGACGAGGUAUGAAAACAUUAGCUAUUUCACAAAAACUUAAGCGUGAUCAUCUCACUAUUAAGAGAUUUGUGGCUUAUUCAGAGCACAGAUGGGUUCGUGCAGAUAAAGGCACAUUGAGGAAGAUUUCUGCCAGAUCCAUGCAUCGGAUCAAGAGAGCAGCUGCUAAAAUACCAUUACAUAGCAACAAACAGAUAUUUAAAGCUACUGGUGCCUCUGGAGUCCCACGGACAUCAAGGUGUAGAGUCCUCCAGAGUCUUGCAACUGUAAAUAAACCUUCUAUUCGGCCACCACUAACCAAUGCUGACAAGCAGAAACUGCUGCAUUGGGCAGAAAAAUACAUGAAGACUAAUUUUCAAACAGUCCUGUUCACUGAUGAGUGCCGUGCAACCCUGGAUGGUCCAGAUGGAUGGAGUAGUGGACGGCCACCCUGUUCCAACAAGGCUGCAACGUCAGAAAGGCGGUGGUGGAGUCUUAUUUUGGGCCAGAAUCAUGGGAAGAGAGCUGGUCGGCCACUUUAGGUUCCCUGAAGGUGUAAAGAUGACUUCUGCAAAGCAUGUGGAGUUUCUGACUGACAACUUUCUUCCCUGGUACAGAAGGAAGAACUAUGCUUUCCGUAAUAAAAUAAUCUUCAUGCAUGACACAUUCUACAUGCAUAUUUAUGUAAUAUUAUUACAUAAUUGAGUAAUUUUAUUGAUUGCAAUUUGAGGGUCCUGCCUGACAAUCCAGGCAAAAAGUCCAGAGAAUUUAAUUUGCUAGCACUAUAUUUAACGCUGUAACUUUCCAAGACACCAUACAACCUGUACAUGGGGGUGCUGUUUUACUUGGUAGACUUUGCUGGACACAACUGUUAGUGUUUCGAAACAGUUAACCAUAUCACAGUGAUGAUAUUGUCAGUGAAAGUGACAUUUUUUGACUCUUUCACUGAUGAUAUUGUUGUGAUACGUUUUACUAUUUUGAACACUAAUAUUUGUGUUCAGCAAAGUCCCUAGAAUAUAACAGUACCCCCCCCCGCCAUGUACAUGUUUUAUAGAGUUUUUGAAAGUUACAGGGUUAAAUAUAAGUCUUGAUUUUCCAUUUUUUCACAUUGAAAUUUGCCAGAUUGGUUAUGUUGCCUUUGAGAGCUUAUGGUAGCCUAGGAAUGAGCAUUACCCCCAUGAUGGCAUACCACUUACAAAAAAAAAACAACCAAAGGUAUUGCAAAUGGGGUAUGUUAAGUCUUUUUUAGUAGCCACUUAGUCACAUACUCUGGCCAAAGAUAGCGUUCAUAAUUAUAAUAUAUAUUUAUAAUAAAAUAUAAUUGCUAACUUUGGCCAGUGUUUGUGACUAAGUGGCUACUAAAACAGACUGGACAUACCCCAUAUUGAAUACCCUGGGUUGCCUACUCUAAAAAAAAAAAAAAUGUACAUGUGAGGUGUGAUUCAGAGAUUUAUGACAGAUAAGUGUUACAAUGUCACUAUUGAUACAUUUUAAAAAUAUAUAUUUUGAAACAGUAAUUUCCUACUAGUACUUAUAGCCCUACAACUUGCAAAAAAAUUGUUUUUUUUUUCUUCAUAUUUUAUAAAAAAAAAAGUAUAGUAAAUGAUUUGAUAUGAUGAAAAUAAUGGUAUCUUUAGAAAGACCAUUUAAUGGCGAGAAAAACUGUAUAUAAUAUGUGUGGGUACAGUAAAUGAGUAAGAGGAAAAUAACCGCUAAACACAAACACCGCAGAAAUGUAAAAACAGCCCUGGUCUUUAACGGUAAGAAAAUUGAAAAACGGUCUGGUCACUAAGGGAUGAAAGCAAUGAAUGAAGACACACAAAUGGGGGAUUUUAUGGAGGCACAACUCAAGAUAAGUGUAGUAGGAAUGGGGGAAGGUGAGAAGAGAAAUGAAUGGGGGAGACAUACAGGAUUGCAGCGGUGGGAGAUGGAUGCAGGAGGUUGGAGAAUAAGGAGACCAGGGGGUUAAAAGAUAAAGCACUUAGAGACUAACAAACCUGUAACACACAAAUGCACACCUACACAUAUACUAUUGCAUCCACACACACAGAUUAUCCAUACAGAUAUACUCUUGUAUCCGCCACACGGCACAUUAAUAUAUCUCUACAUCCAAACUCUCACAGAUGGGCCUUUCAAAAUAUAAGACAUUGGACUUAAUUUGGAACAUCACAGCACCGAUCAUGGGAUGGAUUACACAAUGACUGAAAUAUGCUAGCAUUGGAUACCAUAUAAUAAAUUUGGUGCGUUAUAAUUUAGGAUGAGAAAUAAAACGGAGGUUACAAGACAGAGAGAUUUUGUCUGACAUUUAACAUGUCAAACUGGGAAGAGCAAACUUGUUAGGCUGAAGAGGGUGCCUAAGAUAAUAGGAGAGAGAAUUUAUAGGAGAGAUAAUUUAUCAACUGUUUUAAAAAGUGUAUUUGUGUUUUGAACUCUGAUCUGUUUAUAUUUAUUGACUUUAUUAAAAACUGUCUAAAAUGUGUUGGAUAGAAGGAUUAAUAAAUCCAUUGUGUUUAUGAAAAAAUGCCAUACAUUUGAAAAUGACUGCAAGGGUUCAAAAAAGGCUACAGUUGGGCGUGGACUGCAGCGGAGCUUAAUGGAUUCACAUUGACAUUGCUCCCAGUGAUCCUCUUUCUAAAUUACCGCACCAUGGGCAACCCUAAGAAACACCAGGGGUCUCAAGGACAAGGAGGGAAAACUCCUAUGACCAAAACAGGCUCCCUAAACAAAUACUUUAGGGAAAAUCCAGACCGAGAAACGGAGUCUGAACCCGUGGCCUACAAAAUGGCCGACACUGAGGUGACUCACACCUUGCGGCCUGACAGCCCAGCUACAUUGGACUGCUCACAUAAUGCCUUAGACACCAAUAUGGACCCAGACAUCAAAGCAAUCCUGAAGAACUUACCUUCGAAACAUCAUCUCCAGACGAUGAUGAGUAAACUGGAGGCUACAUUCCUUUCCAAGAUGGAAGCGAUGGGCUCCAACGUCCAACAGCUCAACCUCCGAAUGACGGACCUGGAGGAAGAGAGAGAAGUCAUGCAGGCACAACUCACCAACCUAACCUCAGUGUUGGACUCCCAUCUACUUCAAUAUGCGGCUACACAACGACAUAUCGAUGACCUGGACAACCGCAGCCUUGGAAUUAAUCUACGAAUAAGAGGUAUGCCAGAAUCCCAGGGAGAAAACCUCUCAUUACUCGCGGAGCUAUUUAACUUAAUCCUGGGUACCCCUAAUGACAUACAAAUCAGGUUUGAUCGAGCACACCGCUCCUUAAGACCCAGAAACCCGACCCUGGAGGCCCCGAGGGAUGUCCACCACUUCCCCAUUAAAGAAAGCAUACUCAAAGCGCUCAGAGAUACUACCCAAGCCCUCCUGUUUCACAACAAUCCUAUCUAAAUCUAUCCAGACCUGUCCUGGUACACUCUCCAGGCACGCAGAGCCCUCAAGCCGAUUACCGACCUCCUGAGACAGAGGAACAUCAGAUACCGGUGGGGCUACCCAUUCAUCCUAAUUGAAUCUAACAAAGGCAACAAUCUAAUAAUCUCCACUCCACUAGAUAUCCCGCCUUUCCUACAGGCCCUAGACCUCCCAGACACGCAAGUUAUGGAUUAGAACAUACCUCCUUCAAACCACGAAACAAAGUUGGAAGGCUAAAAAAUGGAGAUAAGCAUCGAUCUGAAGGUCUCAUAGUACAGGUCGUAUAACAAAUAAUGACAUAUCACCUUGUAUUAACUCCGAUCGAACUAUGAUGUAUCAGUUUCAAUUAGCACUGCAUGAAUGAGAAUAAACCGAUUUCAAUUGGCACUGUGAAAACGAUGAUAUGCCUUUCUAGUUGGCGAAGCAUGAAUGUUGUUAUGCCACUCUCAGGUAGCAAUGCAUGAACAAUGAUAUGCCACUUCAGCUACCACUGCAUGUAAAACGAUAUGCCUUUUUCCAGUUGGCACUGUAGGAAUAAUGCAUGACUACUUUCAAUCAGCACCGCACAAUUAAUAAUAUGCCACUUUCACUUAGCGCUGCAUGCAUGAGGUUAUACCACUCUCAAAUAUCACCACAUAAAUAAUGACAUGCCUUCUUUAGAGGACACUCCAUAAAUAGUGGCAAACCAAUCUCUGUUAUCACUGCUUAAGCACUGACACACCAACUUAAAUUCGCAACCCAUAACUGACUGCUAUGUGAGGAUAAUUCACUGGGACCAGAAAAUUACACGGCGACUCUCCAUGCCCAAUGCAUUUGCCCAUAGCCAGACAUCUUGAUAAAUCAACUAAUACUGCCUAACUUAAGGAUAUACCGCCCACAACAGAACCGUCCGCCCCCCAAUUUGUCCAAGACCCCUCACUUUCCCACACUACCCCACACUACCUGAUAAAUGGACAGAUCACCCAUGGCAGAAGCACUGAACCCAUACCCUUCAUCAUUACCAGUCCACGAACUGCACAGUAGCCAACGGUGGAAACCAUACUCAAAAGAUGUCACUUUGCAAUCUGGCUACACCACAUAAUUACCCUUCACAACUACCUUAGUCCUCCUAGUGAAUAUCCCCAUACGUCCCGGAGCGUUGAACAUCCCCUCUCACCACUCUCUCUCCCUUCACGUCUCUUUUCUCUCCCACCCCUCACCUAAAAUCUCCUAACUUCAAAAAGAGAUUGACCUUACCACAUCGGAGGAGUAGAACCGUACGUAUAUAAAAGAACAAACAAAAAAAAACUGAACCUGGUAUCUGAGCGACAACUCCUUUUAUUACUGUACACAUUACAACUAUUCUUCUAUUGUUAGGUUCGAUAUUGUACUGUAACCCCUACGUUUCCACUGGUUGACUACGAGUACACAAACUACCGUUUAGGUAUCAAGAAAACCACUCGCGAUAAGCGAGCCCUAAACCUCAUAGCCAAAUAGAGACAGCGCUAGAAAAUAGACAACUGAAACCAGCUCGAAGCUUAAAAACAGUCACUAAAAUCACUACUUAAUUCAUACCGAAAGACACAAUCCCUUAGUGGAGCAUAAGGUCACUACCCCUUAGCUAUACCUCUAUAAUUAACCCAACCAAGUCACACACACACCCUAGAUACACAUCCCAAGCCUAACUGUCAGAGAGCCUCCAGGAAAUCCAACCCUCCUACCAUAACCCAAAAAAAAAAAAUAUGACUUCAAUAACCAUACUCACCCAAAAUGCCAGAGGCUUAAAUACACCAGAAAAAUGCUUGAUAGCUUUAACAGAUUUCCAUAGAAACAGGGCAGAUAUAGUAUUUAUCCAAGGAACCCAUUUUCGUAAUGAUGUAGCGCCCAGAUUACAAAACAAGAAUUACCCUAAAAGCUACUUCGGAAACUACUCCAACUCUAAAUCAAGAGGAGUGGCGAUACUAAUUGGCAAUAAAAACGACUUUACAUACCAAGACCAACACACGGCAGAUUUAUCUUUGUAAAGGGUAAAUUGGGAAACACCCAAGUCACACUGGCCAAUAUAUACCUCCCCAACAAAAAGCAGAAUGCAGCACUACAGCAAAUAUUGUCUAAUCUCUCCAACUUCCACAAGGGUAUGCUGGUGCUCGGAGGAGACAUCAGUGUAUCUCUAGACGGAAAACUAGACUCAACCUCCAAGCCACAUCCAAACUCAGAAUUAAUUAGAAAACAGAUGAACAACACCCUGCAUAAAGCUCAAUUAUAUGACUGCUGGAGGGCCAUACACCCAACCCGAAAAGACUAUUCAUUCUUCUCAUCCAAUGCGGGAACUUACUUCCGAAUCUCCACCAUCUUUCUGCAACACAGACAUCUGCCUAUGGCCACAUCAGCGUCAUAUGGCCCAAUAUCAUGGUCAGACCACGCACCCAUGUCCUUACAAAUCACAAUCCCCACCAUACCAAAUCCAUCCUCACAAUGGCGACUUAACGACCUACUCCUCAAUAAUACAGAAACCAUAGAUAAACUCAGAGACUCAGCCAACACCUAUUUCACCCUAAACGCACAACCAGAUACCCCACCAGCUCUGGUAUGGGAAGCAGAUAGCAGUCCUGAGAGGGGAGCUUCUCCACAUCGCUUCUUCACAAAAACGCAAAAGAGAACAACAAAUCAAACAACUAACUCAAGAACUAAAAACCCUGGAAUGCAAACAACACCUAAAUAAAGAAUCAAUGGACACAUAUAGAUCGAUACUAACUAAAAGAACAGAAUUAACAACGAUACUCCAACUCCAAGCAAGAUGUCAAUUGACACUUACAAAACAUUACUACUUUACAAAAGGGGGAAAAGCAGGAAAACUUCUCGCUCAAUCCCUCCAACAAAACAAAUAAUCCACAUUUAUAGCCGAAAUUAAACGAGAAGACAGGACUGUCACGAACCGAAUGCCAGAUAUUAUAAAGCGUUCCACGAAUUCUAUACAGACCUAUAUAACCUCACACAAAUCCAACCAUCCGUGGAAGAUAUCCUGAACUUUCUCAGACCAAGGAUUAAAAACACACUCCCGCCCAACGAAUCACGAUUCCUAGAUGAACCAAUCACACCCGAAGAAUUUGAAAAAACAGUGAAAUCUCUCCCCAAUGGCAAAAGCCCAGGCCCUGAUGGCUUCACGGGCAAAUACUACAAAACUCUCUCACGAACACUAGCACGACCAUUCACCGAAGCAUUCAAUGCACAAAAACUCACCUCCUCACUACCCCAAUCUGCACUAGAAGCAACUAUUGCCCUCAUACCUAAGCCUGGCAAGGACCCCUCAACGUGUGUCAGCUAUAGGCCAAUCUCACUUAUCAAUAUUGACCUAAAGAUCUUAACCAAAAUCAUGGCAAACAGACUAAAACCAUUCCUCCCGAAUUUAAUCCACCAAGACCAAGCAGGCUUUGUGCCUGGACGGGAAGCUAAACUCGACACAACAAAAAUAAUAAAUGCGGUUCACUGGGCUCAGACACAUAAAACACACAGCGCCCUACUCGCGAUUGAUGCCGAAAAAGCAUUUGACAUUGUGAGCUGGGCCCUUCUCACCAACAUGAUUAGUUUUCUGGGAUUUGGGUCGAGAUGGCAGGAAUGGUUGGCGGCUAUCUACUCACAACCCGCAGCCAGACUUCGCAUUUCCCAGCCAGUCGUCAUAACCAAUGGCACUAGACAGGGCUGUCCCCUCUCACCCCUCCAGUUUAUCCUAAUCCUGGAGCCCUUCCUACAAGGGAUCAGAGAUAACACGCAUAUUCACGGCCUAUCAAUCGUAGGAGAACAAUAUAAGGUCUACGCCAUUGCAGAUGACCUUCUCUUUACCAUCUCCAACCCCCUCUCCAGCUUACCCAACAUUCUCAAAGAAAUGGAAAUCUACUGCAAGGUAUCCAAUUUCCGAGCAAACCUCACCGAACUACUGCCUAUGCACACUACAAAAUUCCUAGAUACAAAAAUGCGUGAGAAUUUUCAUUCCUCUUGGGAACCUAAAUCAAUAAAAUACCUAGGUGUCCAAAUUCCGAAUAAACUAUGCCACCUAUACGAACAAAACUUCCCUCCACUCCUAACGAAAAUAACCAAAGAUCUUCAAUCUUGGCAUAAACCCUGCUUCGGGUAGCUCUGCAGAUCCAACAUCAUCAAGAUGAACAUUCUCCCACGACUACUAUACCUCCUACAAACGCUCCCGAUAAUAAUCCCUAACAAAUUUUUCAAUGCUGUCAAAUCCAUUAUCACGAAAUUCGUCUGGUCUCACAAACAACCCAGGAUGGCCUAUAAAACCUUAAUAAAGAACAGAGAAACAGGUGGAAUAAACCUACCGGACAUUGUCACAUAUUACCAAGCAGUCCACCUUACCAGAAUACAUGACUGGUCAUACUCAGUGAACACUCCUCAUUGGGUGAAAAUGGAAAACGCAAACUCCAGGGUCCCUAUUGGGAUGUGCCCAUGGCUGGGUACAGACCAAAACCAACACCCACAGCACUACAGCAAUCACCCAACAAUUACAGCCACCUUACAAGUCUGGUAUAAACUACUACGAACAACAGAGAUAUCCCCUACUCAGGGACCUACAAGACCCAAAACUUACCACACAGUGGGAAGAUGAAUUUAACCUGAAUCUCUCACCACAAGAAUGGAAAACCAUAUUCAAACUCGCCCACAAAUCCUCAUCCUCCAAUCAAGCCCAAGAAAGCAACUACAAACAAAUCACCAGAUGACACUACACUCCAGCGACAAUCCAAAAACUAUACCAUACACCUUCAGACACAUGCUGGAGGUGUCAGGAAAUUAAUGCCCAUCACUCUCACAUUUGGUGGCAGUGCCCACUAAUAUCAAGGUAUUGGACCAGGAUACACAAACUUAACCAAAUAAUCUUUAAGAGCGGAUUCACCAUGGACCCUAAACAAUACAUAUUCCUACUUCCCUUGAAACACCACCGAAGGGAACAAUCCACCCUUCUCAACUUUCUAGUUAUGGCUGCUGCACAACUUAUCCCCAAAUACUGGAAACAAACCCCCACCCCAACUUUUAAGGAAUGGUUUGCGAGAGUCGAAGAAAUUAAACAUAUGGAGGAACUAACACACGCUAAAACAAAAAACUACCAAACAUUCUCCAAAAUAUGGUCUCCUUGGACUGAAUUCCUGACAAAGGAAAGAGAAAAUGCACUCCUGACUGGCGAAACCAACCUCGCAACGAAGCAUUGGGGAAGCCUGGUUGCUCGCAUGUUGCCCUUGGACUAUGGCCCCAUGUUAAAAAGCCUUCUUUUCCCCUGCAGAAAAGGCUUGUUCGUGCCUUUCUGCCCAGCGUUCGGUAGGUUCAAUCUACCGAACAAACAACUGAAUGACUGGACCACCUGUAUUGGGAGUGUGUCGGCAAUUUAAGUGUGUCGGCAGCUUAAUUGACGAAUGCUGGGUGGCCUUUGUUCGGUUGCUGAACACGUGGCGGUGGCCAUUUUAAAGUCAGUGGUGUUCAGCGCCCAAACUAUGGAACUGGAAACGGACACUUAUUUGUGCGAACACAGCUGAGCCGUCAGCCUCCUUGCUUCUGCAUUCGGUCAUUUAACCGGAUUCCUGUUCAUUUGGUAGUUUAACCGUAUGAACAGCAUUACCCCAGAUAGCCAUGCCAUGGAGCCUAUUCGUGUAACGAAAGACUAUGUGAAAGACUUUGGCUCCAUGGUGAUUGAACUGUAUGUAUGUGAUCUGAGCGCCAUCCGGUAAUAAUGUGCGUUUAGAUCUAAGCUAUCUGGGGAUAGGUAGAAUGUAUAUGUUUUGUGCAACAGUUGUAACUUUAUACAUUUUUAUGUCUUUUACUGUCUUUUUACUGCCAUGUGGUUAAUGGAGUUUUGCCUCUGUCCUGGGAGAUAAUUGGAUUACUUCCCAAUUAUCUCCAGGACAGAGGGAGGGGAAUUAGGAUGCAUUGUGGGGAUGUUUUACCUCUGUGUGUCUGUCAUUGGUUCAUGUCUGUCCUUUGUCACAGUCUCUCAUUUGGUCCCCUAGGGGAGUGUCCACCAGCUGGGAGAUCUGCAUAAAUACUGGGCAGGUAGCCCUCAAUAAACCAGACCACUGCUUGACCCACAACACAGAGCUCUGUCUCGUUUUAAUGGUGGGGGAUUUACUGUAUGCGGAUAGACUGAUUGCCAGGAGUGUAAGCUGCAUGGGUGCUUUUCCUGUUCGUCUUCUAGCAGCUAUUUGUGAGGUUCCAGUUCGGGAGUUUGGAGUGCUACUGUAUGCAGUUCGGGAAUUUGGAGAAUUCCCUUGUAUGCAGUUCGGGAGUUUGGUGUUCUGCAGUAGCUGUGCCUGUGUCUCUGGAAGGGAAGAUCUACUAAACGGCAGUUUAACCCUUUUAUGCCUGGGGGUGCCGUUACACUGACCAUCCCUCAAAACCUAAAUAUCCUACAUAAUCGAGAGCCCACCCACACACACCUGAACAAAGCAACUACAAAUAUGACCCCAUCCCCCACACCGAUUCACCCAAACUAGGGUUCAAACAUACCCACUUGGCUAAAGAGGUAACUAUCUAAAUACUGCUCACGCACACCUAGAUUCCUUUAAUGCUUCCUUUAUCUAGUCUUAACGAACGGUUUACAAUACGCUGUAACAAUCUCUUGUGUCAACGACAAGGCUCAGGGUAGAGACGUGACCCAACUAUCCAAUACUCCAGUACCACCGCCUAACCGAAUCAAUGUUAAGUACCAAUACAGAUAACAUGUACUUUACUUUAUUUCUAUGCAUUAUUAUUUUAAUCCCAAACUUGUCACUUUUGUCAACAAAUGUAACAAUUGUUUAUUGUUGAUUUAUGUAUCAAAAAAUAAAAAACUUUGAAAUAAAAAUAAAAAAAGGCUACAGUUGAGGAAAACUCUACUGAAUUAAUAAAUUGUGCCAAAAAAGGUGCAAAACUGUCUGUAACACAUUUUCAUACAUCUCCCCCAUAUAGUAUGUUUUAAGUAUGUAUGUAUGUGACCAAUUCAGUGUGUUAUCAGUCUUUACUACCCCUCAAAGAAUUAGGGGCUUAUUUACUAGACUAGAGAGUGAAUGUGAAUUUAUGGUAAAUUGAAAUUAAAAAAAAAUAUUUUAGUUUAGACUAGUGCCAUUGAAGGGUUUUUGCAAUGUGUUUGUGCCAAUUUGCCAUAAACCUCUAUUUAACACUUCUGAUUUAUUUUUAUAAAGAUUAGUAUAUGAAAACAGUCAGUGCCUUUUAAAAAAAAAAAAUGUAUUAUAUGUAUUCUAUAGGUGCAAUCCUGGACGAUACAUAUGAAGAUAUUACCUCUUCUCUGAACUGUUGUUAAUAUUGUGUAUUUUCUCUCCUUUCCAGUGUAGGUGGGAGGUGGGGGUUGGUUAGGGGGCCUAAGGAAGAAUUCACCACUAGUGCCAAAUACUCUAGGUACGCUUUGCAAUCAACCAAGCUAUGUCUCUUUCUAUAAAUAUAUAUAGGUGGGGGUUGGUUAGGGGGCCUAAGGAAGAAUUCACCACUAGUGCCAAAUACUCUAGGUACGCUUUGCAAUCAACCAAGCUAUGAAAUAGACCAUAAGAAAUAGACCAUAAAUAAAGCAGCUGAACUAACUGUAAACCUUCUCGGAUUCAUCCUGUAGGAAACAGUGGAGGGGUUAAAUUCUCAGCUGGCCUCCUUCCAAGAAAAAAUGAAACAAGUGGAGGAAUUGGUCUUCAAUCAAGGUUACAAGAAACACAUUGAGGUACAGACUCACUCAUCCUCCUAUCUUUUCCGCACUCCAUAGUCUAUGUUUAAAUUCCAGUCAAAGAAGACAGACCAUUCGUAUUUAUUUAUUUUUCCAUUUUUAUAAAUGUCAUAUACUCCUUUAACUAUAUGUGAUAAAUACACAAAAAACACCUUGGCUGGUGUAUUUGUCUUGUGCCUUUUAGACACAUAUUUCUAAUGUGCACCCUGCUGACAAGUGAGUUUAAUGAAUUUAUUAGCACAAUGUUUCUGGCAUUCAAAAAUAAAAUUCUUAGAUAUGUAUAUUCAAAUUUGUCGAUUGCAUUUGUAUAUAUGUACAUGCUUGCGUAUUUCUGCUUGUAAUGUAUUAUUUGGAUCUGUGAAUUUAUGUAGCUGUGUAAAUGCAUGCAGGGUUAAGGAUAAUAACCUCAUUGUAAUAUUUUUGUAAAAUCUGUUCAAAUGAUUUUAAUAUGAUUUUAAAUAUUAAAAUGAUUUAUUUUAUUUAUUUAUAUAUAUAUAUAUAUAUAUAUAUAUAUAUAUAAUUUAUAUUAUAUUCAUAAUAAAUAAUUAAAAAAAAAAAAACUUAUCCAAAAACAUUUAAAUUGAGACCGAUGUUAGAAGUGGUUAUGGCAAAGGGUUUAAAGUGAGUCUGUAGCCACUUACCUUGGCCUCUGCUCCCCUGCCAUGAUGACAUUAGUGAGGUCCAACACCCAAUACAAGAAUCUCCACUUAAAGGGACACUGUAGGCACCCAGACCGCUUCAGCUCAUUGAAGUGGUCUGGGUGCAGUAUCCCUUUUGCACCUACAUGAUCAUUGUUCAUAACAAAAGUUGUAAGACUGUACAAUAUGCAUUAAGAAAAUAGGUACUGCUGUCUACAAAACAGCCACUACAGGGCUUCCUGGAUCGAAACGGACCUUUGGUCCGGUAUCUGAGGCUGGACGUCUUUAUGCUCUGCAUUUUUUCCCCAUAUGAAAGCAUUGGUUCAGUGGUUUCCUAUGAGGAGGUCUAACGCGCGCAGGAAAUUUGCGGGACGAAGGAGAGGGCAGAGCGGCGACUCAGCGCUGGGGGACAUCUGUAACCUUUUAUUCAUCUGGGUGGGGGACGCGAGGGAGGGGGCUGUCAAGGGGCGCGUUGGUGCAAGGAAUACAGUUUUGUAUUCCUGGCACUAUAGUACCCCUUUAAAGAGCAUUAAUAGGGACCCCUAAUACCAAUAUAGACUUUAUUGAAACAUCAAAGUAAAAUAGUGUAAAGUGCAACAUUGUGUAUACUUUUCAAUAGGCAGGUCAACAUACCAUAAAUGCCUAGUAUAAAUUUAACUAUUGCUAGUCACAGUCCCUACAUCCCAAAGUUAUUCUCAGCACAAAAAAUUUAUUGAUUAUUUCCGAUUAGAAAUAUGUGAAAAUCGCUGGUGGAAACUGAAUAGGUGAGGCUAAUACUAUUGUUUUCAGGGUAUCCUCUGCCUUGAUUAAGUGAACUUGAAAUUAGAUUUCUAAAGGCAUUUUAAAUGUAUGAAUAUACAUUAGUAUCAGCCUUAACUAUAAGGUUAUUAUGGUGAUUUCUAGUUGGAAGUAAUCAAUAUGAUCAUUGGGCAAUAUAAUACUUCUUACACCAAAACAUCAGAUGUUGCCCAAAUAUGCACACACUGAUUUAUAUCCAAAAUCAACCUUUUUUUUUUUUUCUUCAGUAAAUCAGAUAUUCUCAGGUAUAGAAAUGUUCAAAUAUGGUGACACCUGAAGUGGAUAGAAUACAAUUAAUGGGAAAACCAAGACAGCAACCGAAUAUUAUUAUUAUUAUUAUUGGUAUUUAUGUAGCGCCAACUAAUUCCGCAGCACUUUACAAUAUUAUGAAAGGGGUGGUGAUUUACAAUAAAUGAGACAAUUACACAUGAACAACAGGUAGAUAAGGGCCCUGCUCAAACCAGUUUACAGUCUAGAGGAGGUGGGGUACAAAUAAACAACAGGGCAGCAAGGGUGACAGCCACCAAACAAGGUGGAAAAGUAGCAGAGCUGGAGGUAAGAGUGGAGUAUGGCUCUUUAGGAGAGCAGGAGACAGAUUUGGAUAGGUAAAGAUAAGUUACUCUGGGUGUCCAUAAGCAUUUCUGAACAGAUGUGUUUUGAGGGACUUCUUAAAUAAUUGAAGACUAGGGGAAAGUCUGGUGGGGGUAGGCAGGCUCUUCCAAAAGAAGGGUGCCGCCUGUGCUAUGUCGCGCAAGUUAGCAGGAAAGGUGCGAGCAGAGGACAGGAGAAGGUCACCAGCAGAGCGGAGAGACCGAGAAGGGGCAAGUCUAUGAAUUAGGGAAGAAAUGUAAGAGAGGCUAGGAGCAGUGUAAGGAUCGACAAAGGGGCAAGAUAUGGGAGGAGCGACUGGUGAGAAAGAUCAGCCUGGUGGCAGCAUUCAUUACCAAUUGUCAGUUCGGCUUUUGGGGAGACCAACUAGGAGAGCGUUACAGUAGUCCAUGCUAGAGAUUACCAGAGCAUGAACAAGCUCUUUGGCAGCAUCUUGCAUGAGAAAGGGGCGGAUGCGGGCAAUAUUUUUAAGGUGGAAUAAACCGGUUUUAGCAACAUACUGGAUAUGUGGCGCAAAGGCCAGGAUCAAAGAUAACACCAAGACAAUAAGCUUGCAAGGACGGACUGAUGGAAGUACCAUCGAUUUGCAGGGAGAGCAAAGGAGGAGGAUGAGCAUUAUGAGGGGAAAAAAUAAGAAGCUCGGUUUUAGAGAGAUUGAGUUUCAGAAAGGGGGAGGACAUCCGAUCAGAGAUUGAAGAAAGGCAAGCAAUGACAUAUUGCAGGAGCGUGGGGAAAAGAUCGGGGGAGGAGAUAUAUAUGUAUGUGUCGUCGGCAUACAGAUGGUAGCGGAAUCCAAAGGAGUUAAUGAGUUUACCAAGAGAGACAGUAUAAAAAAAGAACAGAAGGGGACAAGAACAGAUCUUUGGGGGGACUCCAACUGAGACGGGGUGAGAGGAAGAAGUGUCUUUGCAAAAAGAGACACUGAAUUAACGUUGGCAGACAUAGGAGGAGAACCACGAGAUGACAGUGACACAGAGACCGAGGGAUUGAAGAGUUUGGAGAAGGACAUGAUCAACAGUGUCAAAGGCAGCAGAGAGGUCAAGAAGAAUUAGUAUGGAGUAUUGGCCUUUGGAUUUAGCUGUGAUUAGGUCAUUUGUAACUUUAAUAAGAGCAGUCUCAGUAGAGUGGAGGGGGCGAAAGCCAGAUUGAAGAGUAUCGAGGAGGAAGUUGGAAUUUAGGAAGUAAGUCAUACGAGUAAAGACAAGUCUUUCUAAAAGUUUUGAAGAAAAAGGAAGCAGGGAUAUGGGAUGAUAGUUGGAAGGGGAAGACGGGUCUGUGGAUGGCUUUUUUAGGAUGGGCACAACAGUAGCAUUCUUAAGGGGAGCAGGGACAACACCAGAUGAAAGAGAGCAGUUUAGGAUGUGUGUUAAGGACGGUACAAGACAAGGGGGGAAUACAGCCGAAAGAAAAGCCAUUAAAGAACUAAUUGAUAACAAAGAGACAAAGGGAACAUUGGCAUUAUGUCCUCACUACACUAGGAAGAAUCGGCUUCUAGGGGAUAAAACUACUUAUGAAAUCCUAAACUAAGAUCCACUUGGAAUUAUGCAAACCUCCUUAACAUCUCUCAUCACCACAGCCAAAGAAGAGGAAAUUAUCACAGAAUUAAAAUUCUUGUACAUCACACAUCCCACAACACCAGUGUUUGAUUUUUUUUUUUUUGCAGUAUUUUGAUUUCUUCCUCCAGCCUUAUGUCUCCCAGGUAGAAUCACAUCUGAAGGAUACCAAGAGUACUAUUAAGAAUUUAUUGGACAUUACGUGGCAGAAAUAUAACCUUUUGGUGAUGGACAUCGCAUCACUAUACAUGAUCAUUGACCAUAAUUAAGGGUGUAAGGCUGUACAAUAUGCAUUAAGGAAUGAGCACUGCUGGAAAAAGAGCAAAUCUGUUUUAUUAUUAAAACUAUAAUAUUCAUUCUUACCCACAAUUACUUCUGGCACAGUGGCUCUUUUUACCUUCGGAAGAGAGGCUUAAUUUGUCCUGAGUUUUUUUUAAUUUGUUCAUGGGUAGUGAUGUCCCGAACGGUUCGCCGCGAACGGUUCGCCGUGGACUCAUCAUUGAGUAAACUUCGACCCUGUACCUCACAGUCAGCAGACACAUUCCAGCCAAUCAGCAGCAGACCCUCCCUCCCAGAUCCUCCCACCUCCUGGACAGCUCACUAAGAAUGCAGCUUCACAAUGAAUGUAAAAUGGAUGCUGUCCAGGAGGAGGGAGGGUCUGCUGCUGAUUGGCUGGAAUGUGUCUGCUGACUGUGAGGUACAGGGUCAAAAUUUACUCAAUGAUGAGUCUGUGGCGAACCGUUCGCGAACCGUUCGAGACAGUAUUGGGAAGACCUGUUUGUAUGGAAUGACCGCAGAUGGACCAGGAAUAUCAUUAUGUAUAAAAAAUACAUAGAUUAUAUAUUGUUGACUUGGCAAGGAGGAGAAUCAUUCCUUGAGGAGUUCUAGGACAUCUGAAUUCAAAUAACUAGGGAAAACACCUGAACACCACCUAUAACAAUGCAGCAUUUAAUUUCUUUGGUCUUGAAAUAUACCUGGAAGAUGGAACGAUCAAAACGAAAACCAAUUUUAAAAAGUAAAUGUUAAAAUAAUUUUAUUUUAAAAGGGAACCACCACUACUUAACUUAACUGAGAAAAAUGCCUUAUAAUGAAUUAAGGAGCCUAAGGAAAAAUUGCACAGAAGUGGAACAAUACAGAAUACAGAUAGACACCAUCAAACAAAGAUUCAUAGAAAAGGGCUAAGAUGAAAAAGAACUGGACAAACAGAUUGCACGGAUAGAGGCAAUUGAUAAAUCCACUUUACUGGAGAAUAAAAUUAAAUAAAGGUCUGAGUUGUAACACACAAGAUUAAAAUAUCUAUCAUAUUGGAUUUCAACUGUGAGAAUGUAAAAUUGAAGAUCAUAAAGCAUGGGAACCUGUGGAAUAAAGACUAACUCUAAUAGGAUAUUCUACUGGAAAAGCCAAGCAUUGUGUUAGGGGAACAUGGAGCAUCAAGAGCCACAUUACAAAAAAAAAAACACGGGUCCAACCAAUACUAAAAUAUGGAUGGCUUCUAUAAAUGCAAAGAAUGUGCAGCUUGUUGAGAAAGUAUUAAAACUGAAAGGAAAAUCAAGGAAUUUAGAAGUUCCAAGGACAACAAAUUAUACAAGAUAAAAAGAUGUGCAAAUGUCUAAGAUCACCUAUGUUAUUUAUUUGUUGGAAUUCCCUUGGGGACUCUAGUAUAUAGGCAGAAAAACAACAAAGUUAUCUUUUUUGGGCACCCCUUCCUUAGAGGACAGGUGCCUUCUCUGCCUAAAUGCAAAUCUGACCCUAAAUGCGCCAAUACCAUUUAAAAAAAAAAACAUUAAUUUGAUUAGUGUCUACUUACACUGUAAAAUUAGCAUCUACCAGUCAGCAUUCUAAAUCCAAAUAAACUACUGUAUGCAUCUAAUGGAUCCCUAGCUGAACAAACAUAUCUCAUUGGCUGCACACAACUCUAUAUGGGUAUAACUGCCCUCCCUUCAUAAUUUUUUUUUUCUCAUCUUUAGUAGAUGAAAGAUAAUUAUAAUUAAUUAUCUUUCAUCUACUAAAGAUGAGAAAAAAAAAAUUUGUCCUGAGUUUUUUUAAUUUCUUCAUGGGUAGUGAUGAGGUUCAAAUAAUACAAAAGCAGAAACAAAACCAAAUUGAAUUAAAUCUAUUUUAUGACAUUGUGACAAACGCUCCUUCCUACGAACGUUUGCCAUGGACUCCUGGAUGAGUGUGGAGGCUGGCCUCCUGCCCACCGAAUAUGGUCCAAGUCUAAAACACUGUUUGGGAGUUGCCCUGCCCAGCCACCAUUAGCAGCCUUCCCUGGGUGCCCAUGGUUCGUCACUUUCCCUUCUCAGGAAUGGAACUGAAUGCUAGUUCUCUGGCAGCCGUUAGAAUGAAGCAAACCCACGAAUGGUCUUCAGCAGUACUUAGCCGCAACCACUAUAGAACUAAUUUCGGUAUGAGGAAUUUGUCGGUCCCCGGUCACCCCAGCAGUACUUAGUCAUGAAUGUUAUGGAACUGUUUUCGCCAUGUGGUUCCUGGACGACUUGGUCCGGAGUUAUUAACCACUUUGCAAACUGCCAGGAGAGCGCUUUUUGGAGGGAAGGUGCCGGAGAUUAAGGGGAAUAAACGCUUCCGGAGAGCCAGGCAGAGCACCCUGUAUUGCGGCUGCAAGAGCUCCUGAAUGUUGACUGGCAAAAGCACCAAACGCCCUGGAACUAUUUUGGGCAUAGGACCACAUGAAUGGCUGGUUAGAACUUUAACACGGUGGCGUUUCCCCUACACUGCAUGGGUCUGCGCGCUAUUUGGAUUACUUGGGUGCUCAGAUCAUGGCUAUUAUGGGAUGUAUUAUUCGUGGGGUUAUUGUAUGUUUUUAUAUUUUGUGUUGGGCUCUCUGUUCCUGGGGGAUAAUUAGCUUACCAGUCUUUAACUCAAUUAUCUCCCAGUCCAAGAGAUUCCUGGGAGUGGCUUGUGUUGAAUACAAUGGAGACUCCGUGCUGGGGUCUGUGCAUAAAUGGACGAGUUUGACUCAUUAAAAUCAGUUGUACUCCCAGAACUAUGUGUCGUCUAGUUACUGGCAGGGGAAAGGGCUAAUCACUGCUCAGCACUUUGUUCCAGCUUGUGGAGGAUUCGGCGUGGAAAGUCUUGUAAGGUCUACAGCUCCCAGGUCUGUAUGUCGUCCAGUCCCUGGGAGGGAAUAGAGCUAGUCCCCUAUUCUGUUCCAGGAUGGAGAGGCUCCAGGAGGACCCCAGUCAAGCCAUGGCGACUGGGGCAGAAGCGCUGAGGUUUUCCCUGGUUCCAGCUAGGAAGGGGUCAUUAGUGGAGGUACCCUGCCGGAGUACAAGGAGCUCCACUACAGUCAUGUCCUCCUGUUAAUACAGAAUUUGUUUUGUUUGAGGUGCAAAAAUUACUUUACCAUUUCUGUCAGUAAUUAUUACAUUUUUAAUAGUCUAAACCUAUGCUCACAGAACUUGGGCAAACUGUUUUAAAAGAGGAGUAGUAACCAUAGAUACAAGUAGAAUGAACAUAAACAUUCAUUUGGUUUUCGUAGUGUCACCUCCACAUUUCUGUUGCCUUUGGGUAGUUUUCAUGAAAUGAUGAAUUACAGUGAAAGGGGUUGUGCGUGACAAAAGAGAAUAUUUACAGGUCAGCUAUUUUAGCCUACAUAUUCCUCUCAGUUUUUAAGUUUUCUAUAGUUUGAAGUUCAGCAAAUGUAUUGCAGUGGGUUUAUGGUCUAUAUAUAUAUAUUAUAUUACUUUUAUAUUUCCUAGUAGUUUUUAAAAUACAUUUCUGUUGCCUGCUGUUUGAUUUGGACGUGAAGUUAUGUUUCUCUGUUAUGCCCUAGUGUCUAUUUUGGCUGUGUUGCUAUGGUCUGUGUAAGAUCAAACAGUUGGGCUAGGUGUCCUUUCCACAAUUCCCACUUGUUUUCUCUAUUUUUAUCUCUCGCGUAUGUUAUCAAUCAUCACGUUUCCAUUUUUCCUUCUCACAAUUCUGUCAUCUGUGACCAUGUUUUCAUCUCUUUCAAUUGUUCUAUUCUCUCCCAGACAGGAGUUAUUUGACACUUACGAUGUGUUCACUUGGCACAGAGAACCCCCUCAAUCUCAUCCUUAUUGCUGUUUGGUUUUCUAGGGAAGAACCUCCUUAAUCUCAUGCUUAUUGCUGUUUGGUAUACUGGGGAAGAACCUCCUUAAUCUCAUGCUUAUUGCUGUUUGGUAUACUGGGGACGAACCUCCUUAAUCUCAUGCUUAUUGCUGUUUGGUUUUCUAGGGAAGAACCUCCUUAAUCUCAUCCUUAUUGCUGUUUGGUAUACUGGGGAAGAUUUAUAAAAAUAUCAUAGAAAAAAAACAAAACAGAAAUUCUUAAAAUCAACUAAUUUCUAUCAAAACAAUAGAAUAAACCGUAACAUUCAUUGGUCUCCAUUGUAAUUACUCCCCUUUUAGAACUUUGGGUCAUAUGUCUGAUUGUAUAAUUAAAGGGUUUCUUCAAGCACCAUGACCACUUCACUGAUUUGCCUGGAGUCUAUAUGUGAAUGUUACACUGCUGGAGGUGUAACUCCAGUCCUGGCAGCAACGUACACCAGCAUACAAAGCAUGCUGGCGCCAAGCACUGGCCUUCUCUGUGCUGCUCCUGUCCUCCCCUACAUAUAUUCAUUCUUUGCCUGCAGACAAGGGGGAGUUGUGUUAGGAGAGGGAUGGAAGGAGGACCUGGGAGAUUGUGUGCUCCUCCCACAAGCAGGCAGUCCGGAGGGAUGUCGCGGCUUACCAUGGCAAUGCUCCGACACAGCACUCUGCUCUCGUGAGGAAAUAAAGAAAACUCAACCUACAUCCAGAGGAACUGCUGGCUAAAUUUUCAUCGCCACCACCAGUGGUUGGAAUGUCCUCCCUCCCUGGCCAAAUUUAAGAACAACACAAACACCACCCCCCCCACCAAAAUAUAGAUACGCAGAUGUUUUAAAUCUACAACCAUGAUGUAUUACAUGCUUUUGCAUGCAUUUAGAAUGACAAAGCAUCAUGUAAGCUGUAAUUUUAAAACAUCUGUGAAUCUACCUUGUGUGCACCCUUGAUAUAGACCCAAUGCUCCCCUCACACCCACUGUGUUCCCAUACACACAGUGCACCCAUACACACACACAGUGCACCCCCUGCACCCUUCACAUGCGCACUGCAUCCUUCAUGUGCGCACUGCACACCUCACAUUCACGCACGCACCUUCACCCCUCGCACACGCACUGCACGCCUCACACACACGCACAAUGCACAUAUACGCACACACUCAUUCCCUAAGAACACACUUUCUACAGCUCCAACACACUCUACAUCACUUAUACACACAUAAUCCCACAAACAGCCUUCAGACACAUGCACAAUACUCUUUACUGGCCCUUUCUCUGGAAUCCCACUUAUGGAGACACAAGAGGUGAGUCACAAGCAAACGCAGGGCAAGCAUGUAAUUACAUUUGCAUGCACUGCAACUUUUUCUCAUGCAAGAGUUCUUCAGCAGGGCUCUGCAUAUGGGCUACCCCUGAAGAGUAUUGAACCAACAUGCUCACUUUGAGGGUGGGGUAUGCUUGUCAUUGGUGAUGACAUAAACCCCCCUCUGAUCCUGCCACUGGGCUGCUGUGGUUUAAAUUUUUUUUUUUUAAAUGCCCUGUUGAAUUUCUUUCCCAGUCUGGAUACAUCUUUUCAAAAUAUUUCAUACAGUAUGAUCCAGAGUUUCAAAUGAACAGGUUGGACAAAAUCCAGUGAAAAUAGCUGAAUUCUUAUACUUGCCUAAGCGAAUCUGCAGCAGUUGCCCAGAUGCAUUCAGAGACCAGAUUAAAACUUUCCUUACAGUAAUAGGAGGGUGUUAUUGACCUCCAUAGGCUUUUUAUUUAUAUGUAACUAUUUAUAGUUUAUUUAUAACUAGCCAGAAUGCACUGGCCAGCCGCCACAUAAUUAAACCUUGCCUGCCAGUGGGAAAAUAGGUCAGACUUUUAAAAAAAAUAAAAAAUAUUGACCUGGACUUGCAGCAUUCGGUCUUGAUGUUAGCUAUUUGGCAAAAUUCAGUCCACGUGAAUUCCAUACGAAAUUCAGGCUUGUUCAGGGCUUAAAUUGCAAAAUCCAGACAAUAUUACUAAUACAAAUAUUAAAGAGAAUGGGUCCAAGUACAGAUCCUUGAGGUACCCCACUGAUAACAAGACCUUGCUUCAAUUAUCCUCCAUUGACUACAACCGUCUGUUGCCUGUGACUCAGCCACUGCCUAACCCAUUCAACAAUAUUGGAAUCCAAACUUAAAGAUUGCAGUUUAUUGAUAAGCCUUCGAUUUGCGACAGUGUCAAAAGCCUUACUGAAAUCUAGGUAAGCAAUGUCUACUGCACCACCCUGAUCUAUUAAUUGUUACCCAAUCAAAAAAAUCAAUAAGAUUAGUUUGGCAUGAUCUCCCUGAAGUAAACCCAUGUUGUCUCUGAUUUUGUCUCCAAAACGGAAUGGCUGCGGUACAUGGUCAUCGAGUGUCUGGAUCUCUGGGAAGGCUGCGAGAGCCCGCGAACGAUGGAGAAACCUGUACAGCUGUUCGUUCCUCUCCCAGAUGUGUUAGGAGAACGGCGUUAUGGAGAUAGAAACUACUGAAAAUGGGGAGCAUUUGCUCCCUAAAAGCCAGGGGAAGCGUUCUUCUGUAUUCGUACAGGAACCCUGGAAAAUAGAACGGCUACCCACCCUUUUCUUGUGGAACUAUUCUGGGCUAUCAGUUUGUGGCCGGCUGGUCAAAUCAUUUCCCAAAUGGCGAUUUCGUUCUACCAAACGGAUCUGAGAGCUAUUUGGACAAUUUGGGAGCUCACGUCCAGGUUAUUUGGGGAUGUAAGAUUUGUGGGGUUCCUGUAAUAAUUUGAUAUGUUUUUUGAGGUAUUUUGUAUGUUUUGGUAUUGGUUCCUGUAACUAAGAAAUAAUUCAGUGAGCCUUCUUUUGACUCAAGUAUCUCCCAGAAACAGGGAUACCAGGGAGGGGUUUGUACUAUUUCCAAUGGAGACCCUGUGCAUAAAAAGCCAGUUGUGUCUCAAACGUCAGUGACUCCCAGAACUGUGUGUCGUCCAGUUACUGGAAGAAUCUACUAUAAUUAUUGAAAAGCGCUUUCUUCCAGCUCCAGAGGACUUCAGCGGCGAUAUUCGCAGCUCCACUACAGCUCCACUACAAACAUGAUUAUAUUAUUAGUGUUUAUUAUUUAUAUAGCCCCAAUAUAUUCCACAGCGUUGUACAUUCAUAGAAUUGGGGUAACUGACAACAAGUAAUUGACAUACAAAAUAUUAACAGAGACCAGAGGUGCAGAAGAACCUGCUUAAACCUGUUUACAAUCUAUAAAUAUUAUACUUGCAUAAUUUUUAAAUCUUUAAUAUUCAUCAAUUAAACAUCUUUUUUUUUUCCAUCCGGAUUCAUACGUGGAACUCUAAUUUCCUUUUGUGGUUUCUUGGUAGGAUCAUGGGAGUCCAGGUCCUUUCUGGGAGCAAGAAUUGCAAAGCUUACAUUUUGUAAUUGAAAUGAAGCGUGAGUUGAUCCAUGAGCUGGAAAAGAAGCAAAUGAGCCAUGAAACAACAGUGAGUUCCAUACUAGUGUACUAGUGGCUAAAUCCCCCCACAUCCCCCUCCGCCCCCACAAAAAAAAAAUGGUCUAGAUUGCUGCAAAGUGAAAAUGUUUAGCAUAAAGUUCAGUGAUAUUCCAUUGCUGUUGGCAAGAAAUUAGUAUUUACAAUCAUACAAUUAUUAUUUGGGGUGUUUAAAGCACAUGGAUUGGAACUACAUUUGGGAUAAGGAUAACCAGGAAUCAAAACAAUAUGCUUAGAAUGUUGUCAUUUCUAACAUGCUCAUGAUCGUAGUAUUUGCUAUCUAAUGGAAGCUUGGCUUGCAGUUCCUGCUCUGUCAACACUCAAUGGGCUAUCCACUCUAAUUUAUGCUAAGGUCUAAAAUUACCUUCAUGUUCUUAGGGAAUUCAUGAAAGUGAAAACAGGGCCACUUUCUAGAAUAUUGUCAAAUGCAUUAGUGGAUAUUUAUCAGUGUUAAUGCUUUUACAUUUAAUCUUCGAAGAUUUUUGGAUGAAAUUUAUCAGAUCUAUUGGAUUUUUUUUCAUCUGUCUCUGUUUUGUACUCUAACAGACAUCUUUUUAUAAAUGCCAUUUUUCAGCAACACAACAGAUUUAUGAAUUUACAAUCAAUUUAUCAGACAGACAAGUGUUGUGUUUCACUUCCCUUUUCCCUGCUGCUCUAGGUCUGGCAUAAUUUACUAUAAAGAAAACCAUCACUUUUUAGAACCAUUUUUGAACCCUUUAAUAAAUGUGAUCAAAAUAAUAACGGAAUAUAGCCAUCACUUUUGAGAACACAUAAAACAUCCCCACAUUGAGUUUUAACUAAAGAUAACAGGGAUGCCUGUUGCAUAAUAAUGGCUUAAUGUGGGUGUAAAUGACUGCAUUAGGCUCUAGUAUUCCUCUAAUGGCAUCUCUUUCCACAUCUGGCACUGGAGUAGGGACUAAACAUGGUAAUAAAAAUAUUUCCAAUAACUGGAAAUGACUGUGUUUUGUGCCAAGUGUAUAAAUUUUAUUACUUAUAUAUUCAAAACUGAUGACAAAUUGUCAUCAGUAGUUUUACGUGCUACUGAAUAGUGAAAAAAGAAGGAAAAGUUAAAGUUAAAAACAUUUUGAAGUGUACAUCUUUCUUUUGUUCUUGUGUCUUGUCAUGAAAGAUGGAUCGGAACCUGGCACUUGAAAAAAAAGUGAGGAACAUGGAACAGGAAAAUGAAGCUCUUCGAGCGCAGACUCAAAAUCAAGCAGCAAUCACCAUGUGAGUAUCACACUUACUACUUUUUCAUCCUUAAGGGAAUAUUUUGUGCAUCCAUCAUUUCUUAAUGCAUGAGACCUAUGUAAUAGAUGUGCAGCAGUUCUGGCUACCCCAGCCCUCCAGGGCCAGGUGUUCACCAUGAUCACAUCGCAGCAAUAGGAGUCUAGGAGCUGCCAGCACGGGGACUGUCUGAGCUGUCAAACUGUCCCCCAGGCUGCUAAAAAGUAAAGUAAAGUAAUGAAAGCAUUUUAUAAUAUAUAAUGCAUAUAUAUGAUUUCAUUACCAGUGUACUAUAUAUCUCAAAAUACACUUAUAAUCAUAUAUAUAUGCAUUAUGUAUACUAUAUUAUAAAAUGCUUUCAUUAUAAUAUAUUAUACACAUAUAUAGAGAAUAAAAGUGUGUGUGUGUAUGUAUGUAUAUGUGUGUGUAUAUAUAUAUAUAUAUAUCUAUAUAUAAAUGGAACAAAUUGAGAGCACUCAUUGGAUUUAGUAAACAAAAAAAAUAUAUUAAAUCAAACGCAUAUAAAUCAACGUUUCGACCGUCUAGCGGUCUUUAUCAAGAUGCUAUGACAUGUGAAAAUCUCAAAUAUAUACAAUCUAAUGUGUUAAACUUACCCAAUCACCAAGUGCACCCUGUUUGUCCGGUCUGCUCUGUGAAUAGAGCCGCAAACCGAGGACUGUCAAGCAUACUGCCGAAAAGUGACAUAAAGCACAGCCACCAAGUGUUGCCUAGAAACGGCAAAGUUGUUUUAAAAGAGAAAACAAACGGAGUAAAAUUAAAAGCAUGUAUGGAGGAGGAAGAAAUAAAGUUUGAUUACAUGGUCUUAAAUGUAUAUGAGUGUGGAAUGUUAAAGACAGCAGUAUGAAUGAAAAUGGGUUAACCAAAGGUUAACCAGAACAGGUUAAUGUGUGUAUGCAUGCUGAAUAAAGAAAAGUUUUCUUUUAUGGUAUGUUUUUUAUUCUACAGUCUGCACUAUUGGUCUCCCUUUGUACUUUUUAGGUUGUGCUUUUUAUUGUUUUAACUUUUGUCCAAUGCCAGCAGCCGUCAAAAAGUAUGGCUGUGGAUUCUAUGCUUUUAUCUAUGUAUGAUCCUGCAGUCUCGCAGAUUCCAGUGUUUUAUUCUCACGGAUGUGAGCUGAAGCUCGAGGAGCUGAAGAGUACCUUCAUCAUUAACAUGGCAUUGGCUGCAAUGGAUAAGGAGAGGUAAGUAAUACUCCCCACCUCUGAAAGCCGGUGGAUCCCCACCGGAACCGUCCGUUUUGGGGGUCUUUGCAAUAUGCAAAGACCCCUAAAAUUGACAGAUCCACUUUAACAUCUGCCAAGCAAAUGGGACUCGUCAUAUCCCUUCAUAGAGCAUUAUUUAACUUGAUUAAAAGAAUCUUGUGAUUUUGUCAUCAUGAUAAUGAGAAAGCGGGUUGUUUUAGUCAUUCUUACCUGACUCCAUGGUCUUUUCUAUUUGCCUUCAGACGUUUGACUGAGGAGUUACUCAAUACCCAAACCACCUUAGAAAAAGAAAUGCAUCUUCGGGAGGAACUUCAGCGUGACAAGGAGCAGCUCUUACACAGGGCAGUGUAUGGAGAUAGCCACCCACCAUUUUCAUUGCCAACCAACACUCAGGAAGUUUCCAUGAUGGUCAUCUAGAUCACGAUACUGCAGAAAAAUAAUGGACUAUACUGCAAAACCACUAUAUAUAUAUAUUUUUAAAAAGUUUUAUUCCAUCGCUGACAAAUCGUGACCUCCAACAGCAUCCCUUAUUUCUCAAUUAUUUAUUCUGUUGUUGUUGUUUUGUUUUUAAUUUUCUUUUAAUGCCAGUAUAUUGAUUUUACUGCUACUGCUGUCCAUUCCAGCCAUCAGAUAUUUGCUUUGUCCAUCAAUGGCACAAACUUUUUCUUAUAGCAUCACUUCAGUACUAUACACUCAAAUAAUGCCCUACACAGACACUUUGUAAUAUUUUUGACAUAUCCCUUUAUAGUUGAAUCACUAGAGGUUUUUAUUUCUGACUACGAGGACAUUAGUAAAUAUCUGUAAUGAGGUUUCUUGAAAUGAAGCCUGGGAAUGAACACAGCAGUUGUCUCUUUAACUAGAAAUGAUACUGACGGACAUAGUUUAGCAUUUUCUGAUUCAGCACUGAGGAAUUUCUUGGCAUUUGUGUAAAGAGACAAUAACAUUAGUAAUUAUUUUAUACAAUUGUAUACAUUUCAGUUUUGAUAAACUGACAUUAUUUUAAUUAACUGGCCAGUGUUCUCUCUUCUCUUCUAACACAUCUUCUCAAGGACUUCUUACAGAGUGGACUGAAGGGAUAUUUUGCUUUGUUCCACCAUUCGAAAGUAACUUUAUAACCAAAGAUGGUAGGAUAUGGGAUGACAUAUCUGCACAAUAGCACUUUUUAAAAAAUGUAAUUUGUCACCUAAACACUAUUUUCCAACGCAGUGCAUUAGACAAUCGCUGCAUUGUGCAGGCAGCAUUACAAACAAAAGAUGAAGAGGAAAACAAAGGUUUUGCUAAAAAAACAAAAUAUCAGAAAUGUUUAUUUCAAAUCCGGGCAUAAAUUGUUUUGGAAAAACAAGCAAACAGAAGAUUCAAAGCACACAUAAACCACCACUCAGCAUAGCAUAAUAAAUUUCCUUAUUUCUCUAUUACAUUUAUAUGUGAGUAAUGCUCAUUACAUACAAUUAUUUUUAUCAAAUUAUAAGUGAGUAACGUAUGAAUAAUAAUGUGUGGGCUUUGAGUGCUAGGAAUUAUUUGUAAAACCAUGUAAAAAUUGUUUAGAAAAUAAUGGAGGGACUUCACCAACAGCCUCCAUGAACCAUAAUCACUACAACGAGCUGUAGUGGUUAUAGUGUUUGGACUAAUGCGUGAGCUUUUAUUUUUUUUAAAUAAAAAACGGACUAUAUUUUGUUCUAUUAAAUCGCGCUGGUUAAAACAUAUCUGCUGUAAAAUGCAAUAGGUCCAUCUACUUUUUGACAUCAUUACGCUUCCUUCCCCACUCACUAUUAUGUCCAUUAAUAAUUUUAUUACUGUAUUCACAAUUAUAUAAAAUGGUAGAUUGGUCCAAACAUUUCCUCUUGAUAUUUACAUUUGUUUGUAAUUCUGUUUUGCAGAAUGUAUUUUUUAAUGGUUUAUCAGCUUGCUCCAAACUUUUUAUAUGAUAAAUUCUUUUUAAAUCAAACUGUAAUGAGGUUAGAGCGAGAUAUUGUGUGGAUUUUUUAUUUUAUUUUAUAUUUCUGAACAAGAAAAGAGUUGGACACCAAUUAAUACAGUUUUAGAGGUAACCGUCUAACUGCACACAUUAAAAUUUUAACAUGUUUUAAAGACAAAGUUUUAAUUUUGCACAUGAGAUUCAUACCUGUUAAAGAACUGUUUUAUACAAUCCAACAUCAAAUAAACUUAUGGAGAAGUUUAAACAGAAUGUUGUUAACAUAUGAUGUAUUGUGGUGCUAUUCUGGACAAUGUUUGAUUAUGCAGCCAUAUUGUACAUACUUUAAUCUGAAUGGUAGCACUGACAUAUUUAGUUGAUCAAGCGAAAAUUGAGCGUUGGUGGACCAAAAAGGCAUGUCACAGGUAGCACUGUUUCUUUUGCACAGGUUACUAACCUCUGAUUGCACAAGUCAACUGUCUUCUGCUGAGAAGCCAAAAUAAAUAAGUAGGAAUGCAGAAGGAUGCAGAAAACACUUCUAAGGUGUAAAUAAAAAAUAUACAACCUUAUAAUAAAGCAGCGUGGUGGGCAGUAUCUAUACAAAAAAAAUUAUAUAUAAAUCGCACAUAGUGUGAUAAAAGUAUGUGUGUGUGUGUGUAUGUAUAUGUGUGUAUAUAUAUAUAUAUAUAUAUAUAUAUAGAGAGAGAGAGAGAGAAAAGAACAAAUAAGGGUGCGCCUAAGACAAGUAGAAUGAAUGUAUAAAAAUAUAUAUCAGAGAGUCCGAGCAGCGAUACCUUGUAUUCCAAGGGGCUUAGAGGGGAUUCCCCUUUUCCAUAGGUGUGCUGCCUUGCUGUCAUAUUCUCUGUUUUCCUAUCAGCGCUGAACCUCCUUCCUGAUCUCGAGAUAUAUAUACUUUUAUCACACUAUUUGCGAUUUAUAUAUUUAUUUUUUUUAUAGAUACUGGAAGGCAGAACGCUCCUCCCAUGAGCAGGCAGAUCGGAGCGUUGCCGCGCGUUACCAUGGUACUCGCUGGAGGAGAGUCUGCAGGCUGAACUGCACACAUAUAUAUAGAUAUAGUGUAAAAUUUAUUCAUACUUACCGUAAUUUUCUUUUCCUGGCUAUUAUUCAUGGCAGCAUAUACACAUGGGUUUGCUCCUCCCCUUACAGCCAAUAGGACAGGUUUAAACAAAUUCUUAUAAAAGGAGGAUCCAGAGAAGAGACCCUCAGUCAGUAACAAGCACUUACAGAAGAAUUAGAUCCAUAAGGGCAGGUUGUAUAUGCUGCCAUGAAUAAUAGCCAGGAAAAGAAAAUUACGGUAAGUAUGAAUACAUUUUCCACUUUCCUGGCUAAUCAUGGCAGCAUAUACACAUGGGAUUACCCAAGGGAGGUAAUACCUCAUAGGGAGGGAAACAAGAGACACAAUGAAUGCAAAAAUUAUUUUAUUAAUGCAGAUAAAUCUACAUAUACGUAUUACGAGCGUCGAGAGGAGCGGACUGAAUUAAGGACUUGGUGACCAAAAUGAGAGUCCACUGUAGCUCUAACAUCCAGCUUAUAAUGGCGGAUGAAAGUGUUCACUGAAGACCAAGUGCCAGCCUUACAAAUCUCAUCAGGAGAAGCAUUUGCCACAGAAGCCCAAGAUGCAGCGAUAGCCCGAGUAGAGUGAGUUCUAACUCCAGUAGGAACCGGCAGUGAUAAGUAUUUGUAAGAACAUGAGAUGGCCGAAACCACCCAUUGUCUCAAUGUAGAGGUAGAGGCCGCUUCACCCCGCCUGUGGCCAAAAGGCAAUACAAAUAGUCUGGGUGAUCUGCGGAAGGGGCUGGUUUUCUCCAGAUAGAUAGAAAAUGCUCGCACCACAGCCAGAGUGUGCCGAACUUCUUCUUCAGGAGAAGAGGGAUUUGGAUAGAAGGAUGGUAGAACAAUUUCCUGGUUCAAGUGGAACUUAGAUAUUACUUUAGGUAAAAAUUCCGGGACUGGUCUGAGGACUAAACGGUCCUGAAGUAUCCUCAUAUAAGGUGCUUCGCAGGAUAAUGCCUGGAGCUCACAUAUCCGUCGUGCGGAAGUAACUGCCACCAAUAGGAGUACCUUUUGAGUGAGUACCAGCAAAGGAGCUUGGUCAAGUGGUUCAAAGGGAGAACUAGUCAUGGCCUUUAAGACCAGAGGUAGGUCCCAUGCCGGCAGAAAUACCUUCAGAGGAGGCCAGAUCUUUAUUGCCGCUUUAAGAAAACAGAUGACCAAUGGUUCCAGUGCCCAUCGGGUACCUGACAAAGCAGAUAGAGCUGAUACCUUGAGUUUCAGAGUGUUGUAGCUAAGGCCUUUGUCCAGGCCAGCCUGAAGGAAACAGAGCACUGAAGAUAAUGCCAGAGGUUUAAUCACCAACUGGUGUUCUUGUGCCCAGCAAACAAAGGUAUGCCAAAUCCUAUAAUAUGUGGAGGAAGUGGAUAUCUUACGAGGCCUCAGGAGAGUUCUAAUGACUGUGUCAGGAAUGCCAGCGUUCAUCAGAGCUUCCCGCUCAAUCUCCAAGCCCUCAACUUGAGGCUUAGCGGGUUUGGGUGUAGCAGUGGUCCCUGUGAUAGUAAAUCUGCCUGGAACGGGAGUACCCUCGGAGGUUCCCGACUCAUCCGUCUCACCAUAGGGAACCAGGGUCGCCGGGGCCAGAACGGGAGGAUGGCGAUGACCUCUACCUUCUCCUUCUGAAUCUUCUU